GAAUCUCUUCUGCCUGUUGAGACUGCAAGCAUAUUAUUUUUUAAUUCCCGUUUUCUGUGACUGAAAGUGCUUUAAAAAAUUACGAGAGACCAUCUGAAUCGAGAAGCUUCUUAUUAAUUAAAUCCUGAUUGUGGGGCUUGGCAGUAGGAAGUGAUAAAGCAGUCUGACCCGUUGUGUGUGUGUGUGUGUGUGUGUGUGUGUGUGUGUAUGGCAAAGUUUGAGUGGGUGGCAAGGAAGGUGGAAAAGGAGUGAUGAUAAUAACAACUUGAAGGAAGCCAGAGCUUUGAAUGCAGCCUCAGUCUGUAUCCUGACAGAGUGAAGAUAAGGUGGCAGCACAGCUCAUGGUGCUUUCCUGGAAUACAAUCCGCAUUUUGACACUCUCUGUUUAAGCACUGCCCAUCUGUAUGUUAUUCAGCUGGAGCCUCUAGGGAGACAGAGGAGCUACAGGCACGGAAAGGCAGCGAGCGAAAGCAAAGGCACUCCUUUUAAUAAGGAUCUGCUGAAGAGCUGCCUUAGAAGUGCCACCUCUGGAAGCUGGAAGUUAAAACAACUGAGGCGCCACUGAAGCAAAGGGGGUGCGAUUAAAGCAGGAGCAGAAAUCAGUGCUCGGAAGCUGCAGAAUCACUGCUGGAUGUGAGGGGAGGAGAUGGCUUUGAUCUUGGCCUGGCCCCUGGUUUCUCCUCUAUUCUUCUGCCUGGGAUAUCUCUCCCUCAGCUCUGCCUCAACGGAGGGCAACAUUUUUCACGCUGACAUUGAAGGCAGCUCAGCGGUCGGCAGCCAAGAAGACACCCUUAUCAGAGGGCAGCAACAAUCUGUAUCUUUUCGAAGUUGGCCGCAUUUUGCUGAGGUAGAGUAACUCUUCUGUCUGUUGACCUUUCUCCUUCUUUGUACUGUUUCCAGCACUCCCCCUCCCCUAACCCCUUUGUGUUUUUAUAGUGUCUCCAUUUGGCUCAAGCGAAUGUAAUCCACUGGGUGUUUUGAAGUGAGAGUGUGGAGUUUUCAGGAUUUUAAGGCAUUUCAGGGGAAACUCUAAAAUAUGCCCUCCCCACCCCCGUCCAAAAUGUACAUGUCACGCUGCCUUCUUUGAAUAGGCUGUUGUAUUAUAAAGUCAUGUUCACUUGCUUGGAUUUCAUACAAGAGCAGUAGAAUGAGUCUGUCCCCCCAAAGCAGAGUUUCAGGUGGAUAGAUUUAUCAGUGCACAUUUUAAAAACCUGCUACUUUUUUGAGAUUUUAAUGCCUUUGGGUAUCCAGAAAGGAGGAGCUUUUAUAGGGGUGGGCAGCAUGCGACAGGAGGCGGGCACUCUCAAACACAGUGUGUACAAAGUCUGGGGUGUAUUUCAGUGCUUUUGACUGUGCUGAUGGGCAUGUGUCAAUCCCAUUCAUUUCAGUGUGAAAUCAUUGAUCUAUGUCUGUCAGGGCCCACCUAUCCUGAAAGUCCCUCUCAUGUCUAAUCUUGUAGUGUAGGAAAGGUGUGUAUUUUUCUGGAUUCUCAGCUCACUUCUCUUCAAAUCAGUACUGUUUAAGAAGUCCUUGCAUGAUAGGAAGAUGGUUGCCAACCUAUCAGAAAUGCUGUGGCAGUGGAUUUUGUUGUUUUGCCAGGGGUUGGACUAAAUAACCUUUUGAACCCCUUUCAAUUCUAUGUUUAUGUGAUCACCACAUCCAGCGAUCUCUUGGGGACAUAGGAGCUCUGGUUAUGCACACUUUUACUUCUAUGAGUAAACGUGUACACUGUAUAUGCACAAAGUGAUACAUGUUCACUGUUGCAUGUACUCGGUGUGAAUUAGGAGCCCUGAAUGUAUGGGAGUCCUGUACGCACAGACCAAUAUUUGUAUUGGGGUCUAUGAUUUUAAAUAAACAUGUUACUUGUAGGAGCAUCCCCAUGAGAUGAAAGCCUAAUGAGGAAAAUGGCCACAAAUCCUGUUGGUUUCAGCGGGAUGUGUAUGCCUCUAUUAGGGUGCCAUACAGGAUCCUAUAGUUCCUGCAAGAAAUCUAUAUGAAAAAAUAUGUGCAGCUAGAACUGUUUGUUGACUUGUAAGUAGCUACCCCAGAAUUCCAUGGAGCUUCCUUCUAAGUUAGCUAUGGAAAACAAGCAGCUGAGGAAACACCUGCAGAAAUGAAAUGAAAAGAGAAGCCUAAAACGCUUUUGACUUUGCCAAAAAUAAUGGCAAUACUUUAGUGAUAUUUAAAAACGAAAAACAGAAAAUGUUGAAGGUGCUCUUACUCUCAUGUUUGUGUACACACAUACACACUUAAAGGACUAUCUAAUGUGUCCAUGUGAACCUUCCAGAGCAUCAGUGUGGUUAGCGAAGUGCUGUGCAUGGGCACCAGGAAGAGAUAUUAGGCUGGCAAACAUGGGAAACAGGGCCUUGUCAGUGAUGGCACUUACAGAACUCCUUCCCUCAGGAAAUGGGAUCAGCUCUGUCCCCAUUGUCAUUUGUGUUUCUUUUUCAGAUUGCUUUUAAUUGGCAGUGCAGAUUAGGUUGCUAUUUGUUUCUUAGUAGCCCUAUCUUUAAUCUUUGUGCAGGAAUGGAAUGGAAUGGAAUGGAAUGGAAUGGAAUUGUUAUGAUUGCUAUGAUUUUACUGUUUUUUUAUUUGUUUUAAUAUUGUAUAUGUUUUAAACUAGUUUUUAUCUGGUUUUUGUAUGGGAAAGUACGUAUUAUACAAAGUAGAUAGCAAAUCCAUGCACCAACACAACAGAUAUUGUUGGCAUAAUGAAUUCCCGCCCACCCCCCAGGCAUCCCCCACAAAAAAAUAUACUCUGGAAGGUAUAGGGACCUUCCAGAGCAGAAUUUUGGUAGAGGUGUGCAGUGGUGGAGAGAGGGAGAAGAGGUCUAAUCAGCUGCUGUUGGAAGCCACCUAUAUCAGCUCCCCAAAGGGGUGCUAUCUAGAUUCUUUUGGACUCCAACUCCCAUCAGCACCCAAUCAGCAUGGUCAAUGAACAAGGGUGAUGGCAGGUAUAGCCCAUCUAGAAACACCAUAUAAUGCCCUAUAUAAUAAAUGCCUCAUUUGUUUUCUUGAAAUCUUAGAUAGUUGGAACUCAUUGGUUUGGUAGCAGCUGAACAGAACUAUGUUGAAAAAACAAGAAUUACAAACAAGAGAGCAGCAUAACAUGAGGUUAUGGAAUGGGAGUAAGUACCUCCUGUGGAGGUGACUCAAUGUAGCAGGCAAAUUAAGCCACAUAAGGUCAUGGGAAAGGAAGGAGUGUGUAUCUUGGCGCCAGAUCUUGAAAAUGAGCAGAGAUUAACACAGCAAUGUGAAUAUCACAGUAAUGACAUGUUCCAGUUACUAGCACUACUACACAUAACACUACUGAUAAAUGAACAGCAGUCUUGGUUGAAGCUCAACAUUUUUGGUAUUUAAUUCAUAUACAGCAUUUUUUGCUUUUCCUCCAAGGAGCUUCAGCAUGCAUGGUUCUUCUGAGGUAGGUUAGGCUGUGAGAUGGUGACUGGGCCAAGGUCACCCAAUGAGCGUCAUGCCUGAGUGGGAAUUUGAACCCGACUCUCGCUGCUCCUAAUCCAGCACUCUGACCACUAUGCCACACUGGCACAUAUAGCUGAAUCAAGAUUCAACUAAGGGUGAAUUUAUUAAAAACAAAACUGUCAUUCUAUUAUUCCAUCAGGAUUUCCUUCCAGUGUGUUCUGAUAUGUUGAUCUCAAUAAAUAUGCCUCAUUUUUGGGUGGGUGGUAAGAUAUGGUCAACUAGAAAGCAGCCCUGUUCAGGUGCUGGUGUUCCCUCAGAGUUCCAGCUCAUGGCAACAGCCUGUGUGCAGGGUUCCCUCUCUUCAGACCUUCUGCCAGUACUUGGACAACCUCGGGUGCAGUGCCAAGGGCAAAGUUAGCACCUAUGGCACUGCUAUGGCUCUCCAUGCAAUUUGAAUCAUGUGGGCACUGACUUCAGGAUCAGGCUAGAGUUGAUAAGGCUAGCCUUAGUCAUUUGUAACUUGGAGAGAAGGGCUUAAGCAUGUAAGGAGAGAGCAAUUUCCAUCCCACCUUGUGUUUGUUGCAAUCAGCACUGUUUCUUUUCCUCUGCAGUCUGGCUUCCACUAAAACAUAUGUAAUUCAUCUCACGGGCCGCUAUAGCAAAAACUAGCAUAAUUAAUUAUGUAAGUAAUUUAAGUGCAUUUCAAAGGAAGGACAACAUUUUUAAAAAACUGCAAAAAUGAUGUACAGUGGUACCUCCGGUUACAGACGCUUCAGGUUACAGACGCUUUAGGUUACAGACUCCACUAACCCAGAAAUAGUACCUCGGGUUCAGAACUUUGCUUCAGGAUGAGAACAGAAAUCACGUGGCAGCAGCAGGAGGCCCCAUUAGCUAAAGUGGUACCUCAGGUUAAGAACAGUUUCAGGUUAAGAACGGACCUCCAGAACAAAUUAAGUUUUUAACACAAGGUGCCACUGUAAUUAUUUACAUAAUGUUAGUGUACUAAAAAACCGAAACCUGCUCAUAUUCACUUUUACGAUCUCUGUUCCUGACCAGACAAGCAUGCAAACUGUGACAAUUUCUGUUCACAUUUCAGUUUCUGAUGGAAUUGUCUGAGAUUCCCUAGGAGCGAGCAUGAAUACAGUCCAUAAUGUGGUGGGGAAAUUGCCUGUUUAGAAGCUUGUUGAAAUUAAUAGUUAAGAAAUAGGAUCACCACCUGCUGCUUGGUGAAUAAAGUAUUUGAUUUAAGAUCAAAAUGUACUUUGUAACCUGGGUGGGACAUAAAUGCUAGUUUGGAGCAGAAAGUGGUCACAACCUAACCAAAAUCCAAGGGGGGAACUAAACAUGUGCUUUAACCUUUCCCAUAAUCAGUGGAUAAAGGAAGGAGUGGAAAGAGCAUGAGAUCACCCAUCUCAGCCCACACAAAACAAAUGAUAGCUGAGUGCAAUCUGGGAUUUCUAGCUCCACAUUUUUUUAUAUUGGGCUAGGUUUUACAAAACACAUUUAUUUUUUCCUUUAAGGGACAUGGUUAGAACCAUGCAGACACAUCUUCUGUACAUUCUUUAACUAGAUUGGAAUUUACAGUGAGGAAACAGAGUAAUUUUUUCAGCGCAGCUUAGGAAAGAUCUCCUCAUGCUGACCAGUUGUGUACCACAUGUAGGUGGCCCCAUGGAAUGCAGGCAAACUGCUACCAAGCAGCAGACAAGAUACCUGCCAGCCAUGAUAGCUCAGUGGCAAUUAACCAUGUAGUAGGAAGGACCAAGCUGAGUAGUGCAGCUAUUGUCCCACCUCGUGCAUUGCAUUAUCUUGAAUAGAGCACUGCAUGCUUUUGCAGCUUUGGAUGGGUCACAAAUUGUCUGGUGAGGCCUGUUAUUGGCUGAAUUCCUGAACAAUGAAAGAGAGGGGACUUCCCCACCCCUGUUAAAUGACUGAUCCUUCUUACAGAUAGACCAUAGAAAACCUCCCUUCCUUUGUAUCAACAGUUGCCAUGCCAUCAAUUGAUAGAUUGGGGAUCUCUGUUCAUAUGGUGAGACACCAAGCCAUUGCAACAUCGAUCUAGGCCAUGGGCAGCCUUUGCUCAUCCAGCCAACCACUGGACUCCUAUGGACAGGAAGGGGUAUGAGGACUUCCUGGUCACAGCUGAGCUUUCCUGGGCAACACAGAUUUACUUAGCUUUGGUAUGUUAUUGUAUCCUAUGAUUGUUAUCUAGUCAUAACUUCUGGCUUGCUUCUUGCUCCUGCUCUGGCCUCUUCCUGAUGGAUGCUUCCUGUGUUGGCAGCAUCUCUGCAGGGUUUCAGACACGACAUCCCCAACCCUACCUGAGAUGCUGGAGAUUGAACCCUGGACCUUCUGCAUGCAAAUAAGAUGUUCUACCACUGAGCUAUCGACUUUUUGUCCAUAUUUGUCAGGCAUGAUGCCUUGAGGAAGCAUCCAUGCAAGUUUCAUGAAACAUUGAGGGGAAAUACCCAAAUUACUAGAAUAGAAGAGGUAAAAAAUGAGUGUAAAUAAAAUAAAAGUAGAACAAAACAAAGACAUCUAUACUGAAAGAAGUGCAGCUUUUAAAACAAAACUAUUUUUCCUUUGCACAUCCCUUCACAAAAAUGACUAGCUGUACUCAGCCAAGCCAUUCAGGCUCAGGAUUGCCCUGUAUGUGAAAGUAUAUGAAACAAGUCAUUUUAUGAGCUUUAUUUAUAUAUAUAUAUAUUUCACUCAGAAAUCCUUCUUGAUUUAUUUCUUAGUCCAAAUAUUGACUUGGGUUGGCCUCUCUCUCCUAAACAGACAUAGUCUGUUAGUCAUGGUCAGCAGUGCCAGUUUUUAUAAAGGGUGGUUUCAUGAGAACCACAUAAGCAAUUCAUAGAAUGUUCCAAGGUGGACUACAGUUUCUGAAAAACCACUAGGAAAAUAUAGCACUAUAUAGUGAAAAAAAGCAUAUUGAAUACAUACAUAGGCAAUUAUGGCAUGUCAGAUGAAUGCCACACAGAAAUUUUCCUACAAAUGAUUUGGUCAUAGACUGUCCAUGCUGAAAACAUAUUUCAUUUGAAAUAUCUAGUGUGGAAUUCUAAACAAAAUAUACACCUUUAUUAGCUAGAAAGGGUUGUUCUUUGAGUCUGAUGAAAAUAUAAUAUGAGCCUGUUAGAGACAAGAAAAGCUGCAGAGAAGAGAAAGAUUAAGGAGAACCACCAUUAAUGUACAUCUGUUUCUCUUUUCCCAAUGUGAUAGUUAUUAGUUAAAGGUAAAUAAUGGGGGGAAAUGCAAGAGAGGCAGAGAGUGGUGGAUGAGGCCUUCAAGGACAUUUAAGCUGUGUUCCACUCCCACAAAGAUAGCUCCCCAGCUGUCUGGGAGCAUGAAGGUCUCAGGAAAAGAGAGUGUCGCCUUGAGGAAGAAUGAAGCAUUCCCUUAGAAGGGGCCCAUUCCUUGAGGGACUCCUCUUGGGCUGAGGAAACUUCUCUGGAGGCUUGGAGAUUGGGUGAUUCAACCAUUAGGAACAUAAAUAGUUGGGUGUGCAGUGGGCAUACGGAUGGCAGGGUGAAUUGCCUGACUGGUGCAAAGGUUGUGGGUGUUGCCCUUUGCUUAUAUAACAUGGAAGAGUUAUCUGAGGAGGAGUCAGUGGUUUGUUUGUCACCAGUGACAUGGGGAAAUGUACUUGUUGAGAUGCUGGAAGCCAAAUUUAGUUUGCUAGGUAGGAGAUGGAGAGCUGAGACCUCCAAUGUAGCUUUCCCUAAAAUGCUAGACGGACUCAGGUUUGUAGUCUCAAUAUGGAUGAGGUACUGGGAAGAGGGAUUUGCAUUUGUUAGGCACUGAGAAACAUUCUGGGGCAAGCUGGGCCUGUAUAAAAGGAGCAGGCACCACUUGAACCAGGAUGGAACCAGACUGUUGGCACAUAAAAUCAUAAAGGUGUCAGAGCAUAUUUUAAACCGUUUGAAGGGGAAAGGGAGCCGACAAGAGCUGAGAAGGCUCCAGUUCAGAAUGAAUCUCCCCACCUGAGAUGAAGAUGAUAAAGUAGAUGAAAAUUUAAAUGGAGGUGGCAGGCGACUAGGUGUUGUGAGUGUAGGGGCACAGGACAGCAAUUCAGAGGCACCAAAGCACUUCAGAACAGUACCAAAGACACUUGAAGAAAGAGACUGCAUGCAAGCAUUUAUAUUCUAAUGCUAGAAGCUUCCGAGCCCAGAUGGGUGAACUGGAACGGAAGCUUGGUCUUGGAGGAUGGUAUUGAUAUUUUGAGUCUAAAAGUAACCUGGUGGAAUGGAGAGAACCGGUAGGACAUGGUUGUCUCUGGAAAUAAGCUCUAUAAGAAGGUCAGAGAAGGACAUCACAAAGGUGGUGUUGCUCUGUCUGUCACAGAGAGCAUUAAGUAGUAAACAGCUCGAUAAAGAUGUCAACCCAGUGAAUGGCCUUUUAGGGAUAGUUAGAAAAUGAAUUGAAGAUACAACGGCCAACAUCAAAAUGCUAUUAUACAACUCAGUGGUGCUGAGCUAGAUGGGUCAUUGGCCUGAUCCAAUAGGCUCUUAUGUUCUUAGCUGGCUCAGAUUCAGCUUACCCAGUGUGCUAGAAGAAGCCAGUGCAAGGGCCCAAUGGGGUUUUCCCCAGCCCGCCCCCCCCCCAAGAAUGCCAAGAACGGUGCUUGGGGGAAGAGAGAGGAGGUUGUUCCAUGUAGCAAGCAGGGAUGCUUGCGCAGAUCAGAAGAGCACAGCGCUGAAUUCCUCCACCUGAGACCAAAGUAGUCAGGGAUGGAGAGCAAGGUGGGAGGCAGGUAGCUUAAAAGUCCACAGAUUGUUACAGGUCUUUAAUUAUAUUAAGUAUGCCAUUUAUUGAAGGUGCCUACCUGCCUUUUUACAUUUCUUUCUUUUAUUUCACAUCAAAGCUGCUCAACAUCUAAGAAACUUGCAUGUUUAAUUAAAUGCAAACCACCCAACUGUCAUUUUCUAUCUAGUGUGCCCUGUGAACUGAUAUGAGGAAAAAUAACCUGUAGUGCACAACAUCUGAAGCCAUGAGAUAAAACGACAUAUAUUUACACCUUAUAUUAAUUUUUUAGCAAGGAAAAGCCCCACCCCAAUGAUAUAAAUAACAACAGAAUGACAGAUUAUCAACAGUGUCAAACCUUGUAGGUCACAUUGCUAUGGAUGGCAUUUUUUAUGAUAGCAAGCUUUGGAAUUAAACAAAUUGUGAGGCCAGAAAUAAUUUAUACCCUAGAAAUCUUGCAAACAGCAAGCAUGUCUUUCCCCCCUUUGUAGGAAAGAAUUCCCUUUAAGUUAAGGCUUUGUCUAUCUCACUGUAUAUGGAAAAUAUGAGUGUGCACUUUUAUAGAGAAUGCCUAACUGCAAAGUGUUUAUACUGGAAUCAACCCCAUCUCUAAAUCACUCUCUGUUGCUGAAUGGUAUUUUGUUUUGCAUUUGAACUAGGAGAGGAGCAGCCAUGUGGAAGCUUCGGCAACAGAAGAAAACUAGAUUUUACCAUAGCAAUAGAUGAUCUGAUUUAAAAGCUACCCCCACCCUAUAUACACACAGAGAGACUUGUGCUUUUUCCUCAACUGCUGUUCAGCUGCAUUCAAGUGCUGUGACACACUUCAUGAUCAGGAAACAGACUUUGCUCAUAGUACAAAUGAUAAGCUCAUGCUUAAUUGAUUUGAACAAAGGCAACCUUUUGCCCAUUCCCAAGCAAGAAAAUUUCCACUGCAGCUUUUAUAGAAUCUUUGUUGUCAGAACCAGGCCUGGCACCCAUAGUCAGCCAAGUUGGGCAUAGGUUGAAGGCCCCAGGGGAUCAGAAGGGCUCCUCACCAACCUAACCAAGGAAUGUUGACUCUCACCAUCCUUCUCACUGAGCCACAGCAUGGGUCUUUUGAUGUUGGCGUGUGGUAGUGCUGCUUUUGAAUGGGAGCAAAAUUUUGUUUUCCUCUGUGGUUGCUUAAUAUAACUAAAAUGUCGGACACUGCAUUUUGGAUAAAUUAAGAUGGUGGGUAGCCACCACUGAUGGGAACCAACUUUGGCUCACAUUCAAAAGCUUUACUGCCCACCUGCCCACUGUGCUAAAAUGCCAUCUGGGGUGGGACAGCAGGGAGGGCAGUUUGAGUGGUGUUGUUAUUACUGCUUUGGCAGCAGCAAAGAAAGUAUUAUAGCUACAUGCAUACCCUCCAACAUUUCUCCUAUGAAAAUAGGGACAUCCCAUUCCAUAAUGAUAAUUUUAGUAUUUACAUUCCACACAUCUUACUGGGUUGCCCCAGCCACUCUGGGCAGCUUCCAACAUACAUAAAAACAUAAGAAAACAUUAAACUUUUUUUUAAAAAAACAAAACAUUCCCUAUAAAGGAUUGCCUUCAGACGGCUCGGGGGUCAGAUAACUCCAUACCCUCCAACAUUUCUCCAAUAAAAAUAGGGACAUCCGAUAGAAAAGUGGGACAUUCUGGUAUCAAAUUAGAAACCAGGAUGGCUUCUCUAAAUCAGAGACGUACAUGGAAAAUAGGGACACUUGGAGGGUCUGUACAUGUGUGGAUGUUGGAGUGCAGUGGGCCCAUUGGCAGCAUUGUGCCUAAAGUUGGGCAUCAGCUCUGCUCAUGUGGAUAGACUGAACAUGUCAGGGAAGGAGCACGAUUGUGGUGACAGACCUUGCUCCUGUCCUUAACAUGUUCACCAGUUCUUCUCAACAGAGCCUAUGAACAUAAAAGCUCUGUGCACUACUGAGAAUCCAGGUUUUUCUGGUUCCAAGAUUAUGCAAAUGUGUUCAUACAAUUUUUGUAUGGGUGUAUCAAUAUGUGCAAACAAUUUCUAUAUGGGUAUAGGAUAUGUACAGAAAACCCAAAGAGCUACCUGUUUAGGUAUUAGAUGAUUCAUUAUUAAUUUUAAUAAUGGAGAUUUGUUUUACUUAUGUGGGUGUUUGGUUAUUUCCCUUCUUCAUUGUAAUUGUAAUGAAGUUCAUAUAGAGUAGAUAAUCGGGGCAGCAUUCUCCCAACCCCAAGGGCUACCACUUGCACAAUGGGGCUUCCCUCCUCUCUUCUUCCUGAGCGCCUUCACACCCCUUGGGGGAUUGUGAGUACCCCCAGAACAGCACAUAGGGUGAGGGUUUUGUUCAGUCUCACAAGCUGAUAAGCUUGCACACAUGGAAUGUUCAGUAUAGUGUGGUGUUGAUUUCCACCCUAUGAUUAUUUGGAAUGUCCUGAAGUUGUAAGAUAUGCCUUUUAUAUCCCAGUAAAAUAGGUCUGAUAAAGUAGAUUAAUGAAUGCCAUUUCACUGGACUGGCUAAGAGUUUGCCUAUCCAGUGAUUCAGUAUUCAUGGUUACUAAUGAAUAUAAUAAUUAAUUAUGUUCUAUACUAAACUAUAUGAUACUAUAUGGUGUGUUUUAUUUAUUGUUUUUGACUACUGUGGUUAUAUUUGUAACUAUGUAAUUUGUUUCAUGCUGUAAGCCACCUUGAGCAUGGUUUUAGCUAUGGAAAGGUGACAUACAAAUAAAAUUAUGUAUGUAUGUAUGUUUAUUGUAUCAGUAUUCAUAGCACAUAUUUAAAUUAAAUUAUGUGCAUUAUCAUCUAACAAGUUCGCUCCUCUUAGACCAUUAAUCCAGAUUCUAAAAUUACUUGCUUGAACCACUGGGUGUGUUUAAUCAUUCCACAUUGCACAUUGCACGCUGCAGCUGUGAAACAGUAGUAAUUUUCAUCACCAUCAAUAUACGUAUUGUGGGAUUGUGUUUAUUCAGAAAGUACUGGCUUAUUUACAUUUGACUUUUCAGAACUGAAUCCAAUGCAGUAAACUGGUUAGUGAGGAAAAGGGGGAAGGGUCUCUAGACAAAAGAUAUUAGGCACCGGCUGUUCAUAAUAAUAAUAAAACACUUUCCAAAGGAAAACUUAGGGCACCUCUGAUGAUGAGCCAAGUACAAACAAUGUCAUUGUGUCAGAAGCAAUGAGGUUAGAAAUGUGAAAUGACAUCCAAGCUCUUUUCAUCAACAAGGAAAACAUUCAGUUUAGACAGGGCUGAAAGGUAACCUAUAAAUAACAAAUGUGAAUUGCCUGAAAUAGAAUGGUGAGAAAGUGAAGACUGGAGUUUAAUGCUUCACCACCCUGAGCUAUGGGGCCUUCCUCUACCUAACAGACCAUAACAACAAACAAGCCUCAUCACUGCCAUGGAUGGCUUGGUUACAAGGCUUUGCUUUAUGGGUCAAUUUUGGGGGCCUGUUCCUCUGCAGUAAUUUCCCCAUAACCACCUUUCUUUUGCAGUCUUUAAAGUCAAUGCGAACAUGAUUCCUCAGAGCAGGACUUAUUCAUUUACUUCAGUGGUUGUGUAAAGUAUCUUGGGAGAAAUACCAUUUAACAAACUUCCAUAACCACAGCAGAAGUGAGCUGGUUAUUAUUUAAAAUGCAUGAGCGUCUUGUGCACAUACCAAGAAAAUUAUGCUAGAAGAAUACCAUAUAAGCAGGAAAAUUAAUCACUUCUCCUUCUGCCUUGAAUGGACUUGUGUAUGACUAAAGUAGGCAUGGCUCGAGAUUAUUUUUAUUCCACAACUUUCAGUAUUAUAUAUGACUUUUGUUCUUGGUUAUCUUUUCUUAUUUUCACUGGGCUAUGGCAGUGAGAUAAUGUAACUUGUCUUGUAGUGCCCAAGGCAGACUACACAGGAACUGUUCAGUGAGCACCAAAUAAGGCAAACCCCCAUUCAUAAGGGCAUUGGGGCCCUGGUGGAUCAAGCCAAUGGCCCAUCUAGUCCUGUAUCCUGGUCUCACAGUGGCCAACCGGAUGCUUAUGGGAAGCCCAGAGGCAGAACCUGAGCAAAAUAGCACUCUCCCCACCUGUGACUGGUAAAACAUAGCUGUCAUGAACAUGUCCUGUCCACCAUUGAGCAACAUAUCAAGACAAUGUUAGAGUUAGAUCAGGAAUGUGAAACCAGCAUAUAAUGGGUAUACAGAAUGAAUUAUAGUUGUACAUAAAAGGAAAAACUUGAUAGAAUCAUCAUUAUGAAAUGUAAACUGUAAUGGUUGGAGAUGCUAUUGUGAAAAAAUGAAGGAAUGCUUUGAAGAUUGAUGAACAGAAUAUAGAAGUGCUGGCAGAUGUUCAUCCAGAUGUUUUGAGGAGGAGGAGAGCUAUGUGUCCUAGGGAAGAAUGUAUUUGAUACAGAUGGAUCUUCCCCCUUAGGUUCUAUGUAUUUAUGAUGAAGAAUGUGUUGCUGUACAUAAUAUCAAUGAGGAAUUACCACUUUCAAAAACAAAUAAGCAACAGCAUGCAGAAAAUAAGUAGUUAAAAGAAGUUAAUAUCAGGCCGAGACUGUGCCUUCAGUUUGGCAGUCCCUGCCCUGUAGAACUCCUUGCCAGUUAAGGUUUGGCAGAAAUCAUUCCUCCCUUCUUUUAGACAUCUCCUAAAAACUGUGUUACUCAGAUGGGCCUUUGUAAUGUGAAUACCAACCAGUACAAACUGUUUACUAAUCUUUUUGCUAAUAUUUUAUAUUGUUGUAACUUUUAAAGCAGUAUACUGCCUGACCAUAUUGUUUUGAAAGUGCAGUCUAUAAAUAUUUUUAUAAAUUAAUAUGUGUAGGAUGCCUGAAUGUAUGGUUAAAAAGAAAGAAAGAAUAGAGGAGCAACAGAGGUCUUGAAAUUUAAGCCACAAGAUGAAGAAAUAUCAAAACAGUUGGGAGUAGUUAUUAUAGCUCUUGUUGUUUUGCAAACUGUUUCCCAUCAAUCUCCUGAAGAACUGAGUCUUUGUGUUUGUGUUUGCAAAACUGCACUUCUGGACUCAGUGUACUGGUUGGAAUUUGAGGCAGCUGCUACUUUGGUCAAGAUGUGAUGGUAUUUUGAAAUGGUGCCGCAUCCAUGAGAAUAACAAGAAAGGCACACAACACAAACAAUUCAUAUCCUAUAAGAGAUGCUAAAGAUUUUUUCUUUUGUACAAAUAGCGUUUGAUGCUGUCCAGAGCAUGAACUUUGUGGUUAGUUAGUCCUUUCUAACCAAUAGUUUGGGGUCAAUGCCAUACCAAGAUAACUCUGGAACUUUCAUUUAAUUUGGCACAUUGAGAAUUAUAUGAUGACCUCACAACCACCAUCUUCCCAGUGGUGGGAGAAACCCCAAAAUGAAAUAAGCAGGAAUGAUGGUAUGGUGGGGUGGGGGUAUGAAGCCACCCUCCCAACAGUGGCAUCAGUGUUGCUUACUGAGACAUUGCAGCAACGUUAAGGCUCAGUGGGCACACUGAUAGAUGCUCCAAUCUGGUGCUCCCACCAGUGGGUACCCACAUAGGCCUCUCCUCCCCCCCCCCCCGUGCCAGUUAUUCCUGAUAAUAAGGACAUAGUUCCAGUCCAUUGUCUUAAAUCUAGCCAUGUAAUUCGACCUUCAGAGCAUCCUCCAUGAUGUGAAAGAUCUAGAAACCAGUAGACAAAAGAUUCAUUGUCUUUGUGGACAAUCAAGUUCAGGUCACUGAACUUCAGUACAACAAAUGUGUCAAUGGUUAUAUGAAAAAUCUGACUGAAGUCUUCAUGGGUGGUACCAAGACUGAUAUAUUACUGCAUGUCCCUGGUGGUAAAGUAAUGCAGCCAGUUCCUUCCAGGUCCCUAAUACUACAGUUGCUUCAUAAGUAUGCUCUACUAAGUAUUGUAGUUAGUGAGCUUCUUUAUUACUGAAGUGACCUUCUUGUGCUGUCACAUGCAUUUCUUUUCUUGCAUGUAUUUUUAACUUUCAAAAUGAAAUUUCAUGGUGAAAAUUGGUGGCUACCAAAGUAUGGUGUGGCAAAACUGCCCAAAUCAUGUAUGCUGUAGUUUAAGAACUUAUAUGUGUCCUCCAGAAAGAAAGUAACAAGAUUAUCUGUAUUUCCCCAGUGGAAGGUGCCAAAGCCUCAAAUGUGGUAUUUGUGGAAUAUUGUAGCAAUGAAGAACCUCAAGAAGAAACUCUAUGAGAGCGAGAUAUCAUAAGGCUGCUUACAUGUUACACUGAACACAGGUGCAAGCAUCUCCACAGAUGUACAUUUAAAGAGUAUGCAGCUCAACUAUCAUGUACCCUAUAUACUCCCUGAUUGUGAAGAACUGUACAAGUGUACAGGUGAACUAUCUAUGUACACAAAUUGUGCACUCAUUGAAUGUGAUGUGUGUAUAUAUAUCUCUAUCUCUAUAUAUCGCUUUAGUCAUCUCGCAGUGAUGUGCCAGUAACCUGUUUGAUAUACUUUGUUAAGCACUGCUGAUGUUGUAGUUUAAAGAUGAGACACGUUCUUUGUGGCUGCAAAUCUCAUUUCUGGGCAUGGAAGUUCAAGCAGAAUGAAUGAAUGAAUGAAUUUCACAAAAGUUAUUCCACAAUUAAAGUCAAACAGUCCCAUAAACCUUAUGUUGAUGGGAUUAGUUGUCUAGUUUAGACCAGGUAUUGUGGUAUGAAAUGAAGAACAGAAAAUCGUGUUUAAGAAGCGAAGCCCCUUUGUAUAUCAUGGCAAAAGCAGAAAUCGAGAAACAGAACACCAGAAGCAUCUUGAGGAAGAAGGUAGACAGUGUAACAGGAAAUGCUUUGCUCCGCACAUUUUAUAACCCUGAUUUUCCAUGGAUACAAACAGCUCCCUGCUUCCACAUGUUGAAAGGGAACACAAAUUGAGCAGAGGGGAUGCAGAGCUAGCGUGCUCAUCCUCACUGACUACUAACAGCAACAACUGAAGAGGCUUUAAGUUGUUGCAUUAUCUGGUUACCAUUUAAUUGCUGCUGGAAUUGGGCUAGGGUGUGGGUGUAAUUUAAGAUUGUUAAUUCCAGUAUUGUUCACAGAAUGGGCUUUAUUCCAGCCUCCAAAUCUGGAUAUAAUUAGUACAUCCCUUGUACUGCGCACUCCACUGUCUCUCAAGACAGAUGGAUGCCAACAAAAAUGUACUGAAGGCACAAAUUUCUUACAUGUGCUGCUGUAUUAUUAUCAUUUUAAAUAUGAUGUAUCAAUAAAUUGUUGCUGGCACGGGGAGCCGCACAAGGGUGCUCCUCUGCUGCUCUAACAUGAAGUGGACAUAAUGGGUGGGGAAGGCCUGAGCUGAGAACUGGAUUUAGAACUGCUUGCACUGACCUUACCAUAAAGUGAGCAUUUUAUCACUUAUUAUACAAUGCAAUGUAAGAGAGCCGAUAUUCAAAAUCUUUUUCACAGAACAAAAGGGGAUGGGAGGAAUUUUUCCCCCUUUGCCUUUGGGAAGGAAAUGUGCUUGGCUUAUGAUUUGUUUGAAAGAACCAAAAGAAAAUGUAUCUUAAUAAGCUAGUCAUGUUACCAUAAAAGUAGAUAUGCAAAGGAAAAAGCUUUUCUUUCCAUUACACACAGUCUUCCUUUUCCAACAAAAUAGAAAGCAGCUGCUAUGUCUUAUUCCUUUGAAUCUAUUUAGUCAUUUAGAGUUCUGAGCUUUAAUUGACUCAAAAUGGAGAGAAUUUCUUUCGGAGCGGAAUUAGAAUGUAGAAACUUUGUGGUGCAUUCAUAUAGGGUCUUCCAAUGAUAGCAAAUUUUCCCUCUGUGAAGUGCUUGAUCUUGCCUCACCAACUGCAAGACGUUUGUGUGCAUGUGGAUAAGGAUUAUGUGCCAUUGGCUCUAUGGUGGUCAUGUUCAUUCUUUACCAAUGUGGUGCUGUCCAGGUGCUGUUAAACUACAACUCCUGUCAUCCUUGGCUAUUGGUCAUGCUGGCUGGGACUGGUGGGAUUUGGAGUUGAACAAGAUCUGGACAUUACCUAUCCCUGCAGUAAUGACUUACCUGAAAAUGAUAUUUUGUUCCCUUCCAUCGUUGUACCAAAAGGUAACUGAAGCAUAUAGCCUGAGCCUGUUUUUCAUUUUAUUAACCUAUUUGUUACAUGGGUUAAAUGCUUACAAAGAGCUCAGAGUAGAUUUCAUAAGGUCCUCUGGCAGUUUCCCAGGCUAGAUUUCAUUAGUUUCAACAGUAGAACUGGAUAAGAUGCAUUCCAAUUUUUAAAAGCAAUUUCUAACAGCAAUUUAAUAGCAUAAGAACAUAAGGAAAGCCCAGUUGGAUCAGGCAAAAGUCCCAUCUAGUCCAGUAUAAUGUUCUCACAGUGGCCAACCAGAUGUUCCUAGGAAGCAGGAGCUGUUGUACAGUAGUGCUGUCCCUACUUGCAGUUCCCAGAAGCUGGUAUUCAGUGGAAAUUAAAUUACUAGAAUUAAAGAAGGUUCUAUUGGGGCAACCACAGUCAGCCACCAGCAUGCAUCUCUCUAAUAUAACAUGAUGUACCAUUUCAAGAACCCUGGCUCAGAUGUAUUCAUCCCACAGGAAAAAUACUACCAAACCAUGUGCUCAUGGUGGUGAUCUGCUUACUCUUUGUUCAGGACCAAGGAAUCUGUUCUUUGAACUUUCUACUGUGUGAUCUGUCCUGAAGAGGAGGAGUAUGCUGGCAGAAUUUAUAGGAAGGAGAUGCGAUUGGUUUCAUAUAUUUCAUAUAUGUUCCAUACAUUAUUUCAUAUCUUUUGCUAGAGACUGUAGCCUAAACAGAAAAUAUAGUUUGUAUAAAGUUAAUGCAAAGCUACGCCUUGCAUAACAGAAGUCCUAUGGAUGCUGCUCUUCCAGGGUUCCACUCAGUGUGGCCCUAGUAGGAUUAGACUGGAGGUAAACAUGUUAGAGCAAGUGAUGGCAAGGCUAUGUCCCAUGCCAGCCCAUCCCACAGCUUUCUGCUAUAGCUUCCAUGGCCAACGACAAAUUUUACAGCUUGAGCAAUACUGCUUUUAAGCAGCGUCUUUUGGGACUCUUCACUUUAGAUCAAGAGGCUGAGACAGGGAUUCAGAUCUGACAACAGGCUUGUUUGACUUGAAGCGGCACAUAUAAUGUUUGCAGACAUACUGUAUAUAAGGGCUCAGUAUCUCACCGUUGAACAAAAUGUGCUUUUUAUUGUCAGUUUGAGAAUAUCAUCUAUUUUAAUGGCUAGUUCCGAGCACUAUGUGAUUUUAUUGUGCAUAUCAGCUCAGAAGUAAUCCCACUGAACUGAAUGGAGACAUUCAAGCCCAGGAUAAAACACAGUACUGCCAGAGCGCUCAGCCCUUCCUCUGGAUGUGUGUUGGAACUUCUGUAAGUUAGACCCAUCUUUCAUUUCGGGUGCAACAAGCGAAGGGUAAACAAAAACAGCACUACUGCAAUCAGUUGAUGUUGUCAGAUAGUAUGGUUGGGGUAGAAGUUCAAUUCACUUCACAUUUAAAGGCAAACUUGCCUUUCUGGUAGUAUAUAUAAUUUGCAUAUCUAGUAAUUCUUUGGGAAUUUUCUCACAAUGCUUAAGUAGAUCUGAACUAAGGUUUCUCAGACUACAUUCUCCUGAGAAAAUGUUUGAAUUUUUUCUCCUUUUUUUCUACUCCCCCCUCCCAAAAAAGGUUGCUUUGCAUCCCCCCCCCAAGUAUUUUCCACCAUUUUUAAAAAUUGUGAUGGUUGCCAUUUUUCCCCCACAGUGCCCCAGAAUGAUGCCAAAUCAUUUGCUGCUGCUGCAGCAAAAAAAUAAUAAAGGCAAAAAGCCAUAAGAAAGAAAGAAAGAAAGAAAGAAAGAAAGAAAGAAAGAAAGAAAGAAAGAAAGAAGCUAUGCUACUGCCACUUAUAAUAGGGAAUCUGAUAGGGCAGGGAUAGUCAGUGUGGUGAUGUCUAGAUGCUGUUGAACUUCAACUCCCAUCAGCCCCAGCCUGUGUAGCCAAUAAUCAGGGAUGAAGGGCAUCACAUUGGCUACCCUUUGUUAGGCCAUAAGGCACUGUUAAUCCUUUGUCACACUUUGCUUUUAUUUAAAAAAAGAAGAACUUUCCAGUUCACACACAUCCUGUUUUAGGCUGGUUUGCUUUGUUUCUGCUUUGACCAUGACACUUCCUUUCCUUUUUAUAUCAUGUUUUGUUAUCUCUACGCUGACAGCUUUACGCUAUGCCAUUAAUACUGGCUAAUGCAGGAUAAAGAAGCUAAAAGGGAAGAGGAAGUAAUAUCACUUAUUGUCUGAUUUAGGCAUAGCAAAAUGCCCAAAGGAAGACAACAAUCAUUUCUUUGGCAUUAUGGGAUUGCAGAUGUAUUCUGUCUUCAAAAACAAAAAAUGCAGGUGUCAAAACAACUUAAAAUAUGUUUCUGGGAUUAGUAAAACAACUGUUGAAUAAACAUGCUUUCUCAUUUGUAGACUGGAAAAAGAAUCCCAACCCCCCCGGGCUUGAACCGACCUCCAGAGCCAAUAAGUGUUUUAAUCCUAAAGAAACAAUUGAAAUACAGGCUUGAUAUUUCAGCCCACCAACUGUUUCCAAAGUUCAGAUACAGGCCAGGGAAUGGAGAGGUGGGUUAAUUGUUGUCCAUGCAAUGAAGAAAGCCAAGGGCAGUUUGCCAGAUUGAUUCCUUUCCAGACCUGCAUACACACACCAAUCAGUUAUUUUAUGCACCAAGGAACAUUAAGUAAUGCAAAUCAUUCAGCCAGCCAGAUGCUCUGAUGAUGAGCUUUUCUAGUACUAGAGGCAUAAUGGAACAUCACUGGUUUGUCUCAAGAAAUAAAGACAAAGAUAAUGACGAUAGCAGCCUUAGAGAAAGAUAGCAUUCUGGACCUGAUAUUCAGAACUCAAUAUGCUUCAACAGAACUCUUCUGCUUUCAUCCGUUGCAAGGAAAGAGCCAUGCUCCUUAUGGUCAGUAGUCAAUACAACAACAUCAAGAGCUGGUCUGGGGAAUCUGUGGCCCUCCAUAUAUUGUUGGACUACUGCUCCCAUCAUCCAUGGCCAUCACGCAUCCUGACUGGGACUAAUGGGAAUUAGACUGCGUACACAUUACCAGCUUAAAUGACAACAGGGUGGCUCUUUUUCUCAAUUUCAAUUAAAGCUUGUUUGGAGUGGGGGUGAUGAUCAAAGUACCGUAUUUCAUAAGAAAUGGCAGGAUAGAUAUGGAUUGUGGUUCACAUUGUGUGUAUACUGCUUCCCAAACCAGCAAUCAGAGCACACUGGAUGCAGAAUAAACAGAAGUGUGUACACAGCCUAAGACUACAAUAACAUCUGGAAGACCACAUGCUCCCCAUUCCUGAUAUACAAAGAGAGAGAAAGAGAGCUGAUAAUUUGUGUGUAUUAUCCUAAACAGCUAUAUGCCUGUAUUCAUGGGUUUUAUUGGUUAUCACAUAAUGUCACCACCCAACUCCUGAAGUCAGUUCUUCCCCUGAUAUUUUCCUUCACAGCCUGCUAAACUGUAAACGUCACCUGAUGAAAGCUAUUAUUAAUGGAUACAAAUAGCCUACAUUCAGAUUAGCUCUGCACCCCUGGCUUGUCAUUUUCUAUAUCUUCUCCCAUUGUAUCCUUAGUUACAUGAUACUGAACCAGAAAGCCUGUUAAUCUUCUCACUAAGUGGUCAUGGAAGUACAAAAAUGUCUAUUAUCUGAAGCUCUGUUAUCUGAAAUGUCCUGUAAUAAAGAUCUGCUAGAGGCCUGGCUGGUAAAAUCCAGUGCACACCCUACCUCAUUUCUUUCAUUUGUAAACCUCCUCACAAGUCUCUUCUUCUCUGCCCUUCCCUCAGCACCAGCUCAAACAUCUGUUCCUCCAUCACCCAUCUCUGCAGCUUAGUGAUAAGAGUAUCUGCUUUGUUGUAGAAGGUCCCAAGUUCAAUCCAGAGCAUCUCCAAGUAGGCCGGGGAGUAUCUGCUCCCUGAAACCUUGGAGUGUCACUGUCAGCCAGUGUAGACAAUAAUAAGCUAACUGGACCAAUGGUCUCACUCAAUAUAAAGCGGCUUCCUAUGUUUUUAUGUUGUUGGCCUGCCUUGCAGUUCCUAUAACCAAAGGGUUACAAAAAUGCAAGGUUGUUUUAGCAACAAAAACAACACACACACACACACACACAAUCCAGAACCCUUAAUAACCUGUGUAAAACCUCAGUCAUGUAUGCAUACUGAAUGUUUUUCUUGUAUUUGUGUUGCAGAGAUGCCAGGAAGGGUUUUUCCGAACUUACUCAGGAGACUGCAGCCCAUGUGAGUGCAACAACAAUGCAUACAAGUGCCUUGAUGGAUCUGGUGUUUGUCUGGUAAGUAGCCUUUUCUGGUUACUUGUAGCACAAUCCUAGCCAUGUCUACUUAGAAUUAAGACCUACUGAAUGCAGUGAGGCUUAGUCCCAGGUAAGUGGAUGCAUAUUUCGUCAAAAGUAAUAAUGAAUGGUAUCUGGACUGAAAAGGCAGAUCAUUAACAGGCCUUCCUCAGUUCUUGAUAAAACCUUGUUCUUGCUCUCUGCCUGAGGCUGAACAAAUAGAGCUAGUGAAGUGACACAGGUGGGACUCUAGCCCCGUCCCUCCCCCUCUCCAAUGCAGCAACCCACUGUGCUGGAAUGCCAAGAGAGCAAUAGACGCUACCUCAGUGGCUGCUACUGAUUGCACCUGAAGAAAGCAGGCUAGCUUAGGGAAUGGCAGGCAGGCAUUCUCCAAUACAUUGUCACUUCUUCACACUCUCCGGUUUCUGGUGCCUGAGGCAGUUGCUUUGCUCUACUUAAUGUUGGGUUGACCCUGAUUCACACAGAUAAUUGAGCUUUGUCACAGGAGUUUUGUCACUGUACUGCCUUUAGCAGCAAUAGGUACAGGUGUCACACAGCUAUUAGUUGGAAGGCUUGAACAUGACACUCAGGGAACAUUUGUGGCAUGGAUAUGUAUUACAGUAGCAAACACAUAAAAUUCUGCCCUGCGCUUUCAAAUGACUAAAAUGCAAAGUGAUGUAUAAAGUAUCUACAAACUGCAAAUAAGUUCUUUUAAAAAAAAAUACUAAAAGCUUUCACUAAAGGUAAAGGACCCCUGGAUGGUUACGGUAAGUUCAGUCAAAUGUGACUAUGAGGUGUGGCACUCAUCUUGCUUUUCAGGCCAGCGUUUGUCCACAGACAGCUUUCUGGGUCAUGUGGCCAGCAUGACUAAACCACUACUAGUGCACAGAGGAUCGUGAGAAGUGCCAGAGCUCAUGGAAACGCCAUUUACCUUCCCACUGCAGCAGUACCUAAUUAUCUACUUGCACUGGGAUGCUUUCAAACUGCUAGGUUGGCAGAAGCUGGGUCAGAGCAACAGGAGCUCACCCCGUGGCACAGAUUCGAACUGCAAACCUUCCAAUCGGCAAGCCCAAGAGGCUCAGUUGUUUAGACCACAGCACUACCCGCAUUCCCUUAUCACUAAACCAUGUUGCUUUGUUGAAAUUAGAGUGUUUUAAAAAGAUCAUUUUCUUCUCUUUCAUUUUCUGAAGGCUGCAACAAUGUUAUGCACCACUCUGUUAAGAAUAAUGAAUAUGCGAAUCCUUAAUAAAGUGAAUAACACCAACCUUUCAAUCACUGCUAACCUGCAGUUUUCACUGAGACUCCCUUUCAAUCAUUAUUUUACAAAGAAGGACCAGACUUCUCAUACCAGUAUGCAUCCUCUUUGAAAUGUAAUAAUAAUUGUAGGUUCACCGGAAUACACAUCAGUGACCAGUCUUGAAUGAGGAGGUAUCAAUAAAAGGGAUUGUUUAUUUUGAGUAUAUCCAGCCAUGGACAAUUCUGAAUGCUAACAACUUAUUUUACUUCUUUUACUGCUCAUCAAUGGUUCCUCUUCAUCCUGGAGAAGAGUGACUAGUGGAGUGCCACAGGGUUCUGUCUUGGGCCCGGUCUUAUUCAACAUCUUUAUCAACGACUUGGAUGAUGGACUCAAGGGCAUCCUGAUCAAAUUUGCAGAUGACACCAAACUGGGAGGGGUGGCUAACACCCCAGAGGACAGGAUCACACUUCAAAACGACCUUGACAGAUUAGAGAACUGGGCCAAAACAAACAAGAUGAAUUUUAACAGGGAGAAAUGUAAAGUAUUGCACUUGGGCAAAAAAAAUGAGAGGCACAAAUACAAGAUGGGUGACACCUGGCUUGAGAGCAGUACAUGUGAAAAGGAUCUAGGAGUCUUGGUUGACCACAAACUUGACAUGAGCCAACAGUGUGACGCGGCAGCUAAAAAGCCAAUGCAAUUCUGGGCUGCAUCAAUAGGAGUAUAGCAUCUAGAUCAAGGGAAGUAAUAGUGCCACUGUAUUCUGCUCUGGUCAGACCUCACCUGGAGUACUGUGUCCAGUUCUGGGCACCACAGUUCAAGAAGGACACUGACAAACUGGAACGUGUCCAGAGGAGGGCAACCAAAAUGGUCAAAGGCCUGGAAACGAUGCCUUAUGAGGAACGGCUAAGAGAGCUGGGCAUGUUUAGCCUGGAGAAGAGGAGGUUAAGGGGUGAUAUGAUAGCCAUGUUCAAAUAUAUAAAGGAUGUCACAUAGAGGAGGGAGAAAGGUUGUUUUCUGCUGCUCCAGAGAAGCGGACACGGAGCAAUGGAUCCAAACUACAAGAAAGAAGAUUCCACCUAAACAUUAGGAAGAACUUCCUGACAGUAAGAGCUGUUUGACAGUGGAAUUUGCUGCCAAGGAGUGUGGUGGAGUCUCCUUCUUUGGAGGUCUUUAAGCAGAGGCUUGACAACCGUAUGUCAGGAGUGCUCUGAUGGUGUUUCCUGCUUGGCAGGGGGUUGGACUCGAUGGCCCUUGUGGUCUCUUCCAACUCUAUGAUUCUAUGAUUCUAUUCUAAGAUACAAAAGUUGUACAGAGUGAGUCAGAACUGCCUCCAGAUAUAUGCUUCCAGAGAUAGCCUUGCUCUUGUAGGCUGUUUUGUCAAAAAAUUCUCUGGCAGUCUAGCAUUACUGUUCAAAAGAUCUCCAUUGGCACUGCACUGCCAAUUCCAAGCCCUUUCAGUUUACUCAGUCGAUUCCUGGAAGGUUUUGGUAAAGGGCAGAAAGUCUUCUCAUUCUGCUUGCCAAGGACGUUUAUUUUAAUGCUUUCUGCUAGGCAUGAAUUCAAAGUUCCUUCCUUUGCUGUUCACAAGUGUCCUCCUCCUUCUUUCUAUUUAAUUGCAGGGUUGUCAAAGAAACACAACUGGAGACCACUGUGAACAAUGUCCAGAUGGCUACCUGGGAGAUGUCACCAGAGGAGCACCCAGCUUCUGCCAACCUUGCCCUUGUCCCUUGCCACUGGUUGCCAAGUAUGCUCAACUGAUUUAUGUUAUUGGUUCCAGCAGCUGUUCUCCCUGCUGCUAAGUCAUCUUAUGGCCAGAUUCCAUGAGACUUUCUAAGGGAAGGGAGAAAUGACAAAAGAACAAGUAAUUUUGACCUACAGUGGUGCCUCGCAAGAUGAAAAUAAUUAGCGGCUUAGCGGCUUAGAAAAAGGGGGGGAGCGAAAAAAAUCGCAAGACUCGCAAGACAUUUUCGUCUUGCAAAGCAAGCCCAUAGGGAAAUUCGUCUUGCAAAGCGCAUCGAAAAACGGAAAAAACCUUUCGUCUAGCGGGUUUUUCGUCUUGCGAGGCAUUCGUCUUGCGGGGCACCACUGUAUUUGCUUUUACUGUCAGCUUGGGAAAAUGCAAUAGCUUUUCCUUUUUUUAUUAUUAUUACUUCCCCAGUCACACCGGCAAUUCCAGCAAGCACACAAAGAAGUACAAUGCAUUUUAUUAUCUCUGAAUCCCCUUUUCUUUUUAAACUUUGAACUAUGUGAUGGCUUGUAAAUUGGCAUUGCUGAUAGACAGGGGAUCAGAUGCACAGCUUUGACAUGUCUAAUCCCUCCAGUUUGGACUCCUGUCCAAACACAACUGGUGGGCGCCAUUUUAAGCCCUGUUAAGAUAUCACAUUGGCUGGUUCCCCAUUUACCUCUUUAGUAGAAUUUAGUAGAUUCAGUCCUCACCCUCUCCAGUGAAAGAGCAUGUGGAGAAGGGAUAAGAAAGAUCCCUGCAUAAGUCAUUGGCUUGCUGCUACCUAUCAGAGUAGACAAUUCUGUACCAGAUGGACCAAUGUUCUAGUGACCUAAAAUAAAGCACCCCUGCUUCUCAUAGGUAUAUGUUACUUACAGCAAAUCUCCGUAAUUAGAGCAUGGGAAUGCAUUCAUUCACCAAAAGCAGUGGAAGAUACAUAAAGCUGUAUGCAUGAAUGACAGAAUCUAUGUAGUCUCUGAAUGGUUAAUAUGCACAUUUGCUGGUAAUUCUGGGCAAUUCUAUUGCUUUAAUAUAUUCAUAUCCACUUAUCACUGUUUCAUAUUAUUGUGCAGUAUGGCUGGUUAUGCAGAUACUCUAUAAAAUUAGCCUUGCUAUGCAAUGGUAAGGCCUGUCCCUGACCUUCACACAUUCACUACAUUGUGUGUACCACCCAUUGGGAGUCUUGCAAAAUACAAGGUUCCGCAAACAGCAACAACAUCUAUUACAGUGGUGUAGCUGCUUUUCAGCAAUAUAUCAAGUCUAGCACAUCAGAAGCCCUUGGUCUUUAUGUGGCAUGCCAAUGCACAUAAGGCUACCUACAGCAAGCUCUUGAUAAAUCCUUGUUCCUGCCUCCUGCCUGGAGCUGAAAAAACAGAGGAUUUGUCAGCUCGGCAGAGACGGAUGAGGAAUUGCAUGCAAAUGGAUGCUGCACACACAAUUCCUUUCCACAGUGUAGCUGUUGGGGCUACACGCUUGUACAUCAGCUGACUGUGGCAGAGUUUUGGAUGCAGUCCUUCACGGAGGUUAAGUCUAUCAGUGGGUAUGGAUCGUGGUGGCUGUCUUCUACCUUCACCUAGGAAACUGGGGCAAUUGGCAGGCCCCCAGCUGGCCCCAGCCCACCAGCCAGUGUGCUGGGCGAUCUCCAGUCCUUGGUGCAGCAUCAGCAACCCGAGCUUCAGAAGCUAAGGCACGCUACUCAGCAGAGUAAACGCUACGCAACAGAAGUGGCAGGAGAAGUUGUGUGAGCAUAUUUACAAGCAGUUUAUUCAGCAUACAGCAGGACAAAAGGAAAACAUGUCCAAUCUCCUUCGUGUCCAAGCAAGACGGCAUAAGCAAAAGCUAUACACAAAUAGCAGUUCCCAGCAAGCUGUGCUGGAGUGUAAACAGACAUGUGACAUACAACAAUUCCACACGUCUGUUCUUAAGGUGUAACGGAAUAUCCCAACAGGAGACAGCUGCAGGGAGUGCUUAGAGUGUUGUUGUGCUCAGGUCUUUUUUCAGGCUUCCCGGUGAAAACAGGAUGCUAAACGAGAUGGACCACUGGCCUGAUCCAGUAGGCUUGUUUUAUGUCCUCCUGUAAUCCCAUCCCAGAAAACGGUGGGUUUUCCAUUUUUUAGAAGGGACCUGUAUGCUGAGCUACAACUACUCCACGUGUUCUGUUUCAUCACAGCUUAAUGGCUUCUCUUCAGAACAAGAACUUUCUCUGAUAGUAAGAAGUUUAGCAAAACACCUAUUGCUGUUUGCCAUUACAAGGGCUAGGAUUUCAGACUUAUUAAAAAGAAUUAUCUUGAACUUGUAAUUAAAAAAGAGAGACCCUAGUUCUCUGGUCAGUUAACUGGGUUUGUAAAGGGUUAAAUGAUUAUAAUGAUUUAUUUCCCUUUCUUCAUCCCUUUGUUUUAUAUGGUGAGGGAAAUGGAAGCGGAAUCAGAUUUCAUACCUUGAAAGUGUGAGAGGAGAUAGGGCUUGCUCUUCUGCUUGCAACAAAGGAACAAGCCCCAUGAAUAACAUGCCAAUGGGUUUACGAAGUCUGACAAAUACUGUAUCAAAAGCUCUAAGAUGGCAGAUUCAUUAUAUACACAGUUGUUCUUGGGAUUCAUCUCUGUGGAUUUUAUUUCAAUAUUUUUGUCUGGCCAAACAAUUUCCAUCCAUAUCUGAUAUCCUGGGAACUUGUGGAAGAGUUCUCAUUAAAAAGAGCUAUCAUUUGUUUGGAACAACUGGAUACCAGCUGCUCCAAACCCUUGCAAAUGUGCUUAGGUUUUUUAUUCGCUUGGAAUUGUAAGACCACUUUGUUAUUAUUAUUAUUGCUUUUUUUGUAAUGAAACCUCCUUUUAAAGGCUCAGGAAUACUUUUGGCCUGUUACUGUGUCCCAAUGAGCAGCUUCUUAAGAAAUUAACCCAUUCAUGGGAAAUAUAUCUAAAGCUCUGUUGGGAUGGUGUCAUUGAAAUGUUACAGAAGGAAGUGUAUGAGUAUUGUUUUUCACGAAAAUUGCAAACUGAAAACCUCAAAUCUCACUGACGCUAUAAAUGUCUCCAAACAAGGCAAAUAAAUGCACUCAUUUUAACUCUGGAGAAUAAUUUCAUAGAAAAGCAGAUGAAAAAACUGAAUGUAAGCCAGAAUCCUUGAUACUUUUUUUUCAUUCGUAAGGGAAACAAUACACAGACCACAUUCUUUCCUUGCCUUCUGAUGAUUGACUGAUCACAACAGUUCUUUUAAAAAAACACACACAAAACCCACUCCAAAAUAUUUUAGUGGAUGGUGGCAUAACCCAUAAGCUCUGAUUUUAUUUUAUUUUUAUGUAUGCUUAGCUUUGCAGUUUCCUGUUACAGAAAAAAUGGAGUGGUACGCUGUAUGUGCAAAGAAAAUUAUGCAGGGCCAAAUUGUGAAAGGUAAGUACAUUUUCAGGUGCAAAUGUUAAGGAUUAUGAACCUUUGUGCCAUUUAUCUUGACAAUAUACAUUUGGUUUUACAGAUACAGAUUUUAUAUUCCCUCCCAGCUUUAAAUGGGCAAAGAAAGUCUUUCUGCUGUCAGUGACAGUGACAGACCUGCUUGGAUUGAGAAUGAUAAAAACUGGCUGUCAUCUGAAGGUUUUUCUGAGAACUUGUCAGAUCUGGAAAAACAGUGCUUCAUUUAGCAAGAAAUUCCCCACAACUCAUGGAGCUACCCAAAUUAUCCAGAAAUAUGAAUGAAUAUGGGAGUACAAAAUGGAAACUCAGGAAUUAUCUUUCAUCCAGGGCUUAAAAUUCUUCUUUGGUUUAAAUUUUGAAUCAAAGAACACAUCAAAAUAUCUUGAUCCAGCAUUGGGUGAUGCAGAAUUCCUGUUGUGGAAGGGCCCAAUACCUGAAGGCGUACAUACCCUCUCUGGAGGUCCCAGUUUGUAGUCCUUUGGCUCAAGGGUCCCCAUGUUGAGAGGUUCAAGACACACCAGCUCAGGGCAAGGCAUUAUAUUGGGGCAGUAUCUAUCCCCCCUUCACUGCCUGUACAUCCACAUGGUAGGCACAAUCACGUGCACCAACCCAGUGUUUGUUCAACUUCAGAGUGAGAUUUGUGCCACUUGCACUCUAAUUUUUGUUAAUCCAGCUUGCUUCAUAGCCCAUAGCUCCCCAGAAAACCAAUGAGCCCAUUGGGCUCAACAGUGGCAAAGAGGACACACGAGGCAGUUGUGUCUACUGCCCAUCUCAUUUGCCAUUCUACAGUAAGAUGCGAGCUUCAAGAGGAUUGUCUGCUUUUUCCACUGGAAAAAAACCUGAACAUUCAGGAACCUAUCAGGUUCCAUCAGUCUCCAAGGGUGGCCCAUCUGAACAGGUCCAGAAUCCCUGCAGGGGAGAAUGGCCACCAGUCCAAAAUUUACCAGAUCAUGAUCAGACCAUGACAAUUGGGUGCACAGCCCCUCACCUUACAUUGAUUUUGUUGACUUGACCACAGAGAAUGCCCCCAAGCAAAAGAGUUAACAAGACAUUGCCAUUAAUCAUUGCUGAAUUUGUGUUUCCUUCCAGGUGUGCUCCAGGUUACUAUGGAAAUCCCUUGGUGAUUGGCAGUUCCUGUAAAAAAUGUGACUGCAGUGGCAAUUCAGAUCCUAACCUGAUCUUUGAGGAUUGUGAUGAAGUGACAGGCCAGUGUCGCAACUGCAUGCGCAACACUACAGGGUUCAACUGUGAACUAUGUGCUCCUGGUUAUUAUGGGGAUGCCAGAAAUUCUAAAAUAUGCACAGGUAUUUGCUAUGUUCAUAUUAAGCCCAUUCAUUGGUUUGGGGCCAGAGAUAUUUCUGUUAUUGCCAGUCUGCUUUUUGCGUGUUUAUAGAAAGGAAGUUGGCUAAUGCUGCUGUGACUGAACAGAAAAUUAUUCUCCUCAAUCUCUUGGCAGCUUUCAGUACUAUCAGCUAUGGUAUCCUUCCAGAAUGGCUGUCUGAGGUUCUGUUAACAGGGGUUUCCUCAGAUUGAAUGGAUGGAGUGCAACCUAUUCUGGAUGGAUUUCGCCAUGUCACACCCUGAAGAAGCAGGUGCAGAGCUGGCGAGUGCUUCUGGAUCCCUUACUGUCCUUGGAGGUGCCUCUGUGUUGCAGAGUGCCUUCUGUCACUUGUGGAUGGUAGCCGAGCCAUGACUCUUAUCUGGAUGUGGAUAGCCUUGCUGCAGUUGCACAUUGGUAACUUAUAGGUUAGAUUACUGCAAUGCUCGGAAAUUGCAGCUAGUGCAGAACUCAGGAGUCCAGUUGCUGACUAGGCCCAAGCCAGACAGAACAUGGAUUCUGGCUUAACUGCAUUGGCUACCAGUUGAUUUACAUGCCCUAUAAAGCCUUGUAUUGUUUUUGACCCCAACACUUUUCCCCAUAUGAACCUACUUGGACAUCAGAGGGUCCGCAGAGGGUGAUAAUGCAAGAAUGACCCCAAGCAGUGGCUGCCCAUUGCCUGGGAAUGCUCUCCCCAAGGAGGUUUGCCUGGGUCCAACAUUGGUUUAAUUUUAGUCCUGUUCUUAGUGUUCACCUUUUAGCUGGAUGGGAAAGGAUAUUGGUAUUGAUUCUUGGUCCAUGUACAUUUUAGUAUGGUUUUAUUGCUUUUGUCCAUUUUAUUGUAUAUUUAUCUUAUAUGUCACUUUGAGAAUUUUUUAAUGGAUAUAUUUAAUUAAUACUACUGCUGUUAUUACAGUCAUACCUUGGAAGUUGAAUGGAAUCCAUUCCGGAAGUCCGUCCGACUUCCAAAACGUUUGGAAACCAAAGUGUGGCUUCUGAUUGGCUGCAGGAAGCCCUGGACAUUCGGCUUCCAAAAAGAAUUCGAAAACCAGAACUUCCGGGUUUCGAUCAUUCGGGAGCCAAAACAUAUGAGUACCAAGGUGUUCGACAACCAAUGUACAACUGUACAAUGAUGUCAUUAUUUAUGCAUUUUUAAGAUCCAAGCAAAACCUGCCUAUGGGUAAACAUGGGGCAAGCUAGAUUGGAGUAGCCCUCCCAACCCCACAAGCCCACAAGCUGUUUCUAGGUUGUUGGUUUUUGUUUUGUUUUUUAAAAGCACUUACUAGGUCUAAUGGGUGACGUGGGUGGCGCUGUGGUCUAAACCACUGAGCCUCUUGGGCUUGCCAAUCAGAAGGUCGGCAGUUCGAAUCCCCGCAACAGGGUGAGUUCCCCUUGCUUGGUCCCAGCUCCUGCCAACCUAGCAGUUCGAAAGCACUCCAAAAAGUGCAAGGUACCGCUCCGGUGGAAAGGUACCGAACAGCGUUGCCAUGCACUGCUCUGGUUUCAGUGUUCCGUUGCGCCAGAAGCAGCUUAGUCAUGCUGGCCACAUGACCCGGAAAAAACUGUCUGUGGGGAAACACCGGCUCCCUUGGCCUAUAGAGAAAGAUGAGCGUGCAACCCCAGAGUCGUCUGAGACGAGACUUAACUGUCAGGGGUCCUUUACCUUUACCUUUAGGUCUAAUGACUUACAAGGUCUAAUGACACAUCUAGGCUGGCCCUAACAAUGCCUUUGGAAAACUUAAAAGAAUGGCACAGAGGAAAAAUCUUCCCAUGUUAUUUACUCCCACAUCUAAUACUUAGAGACCUGUAGCCUUGGAUGUUUCAUUUUGGUGUUGUGGCUAAUAACCAGUGAAAUACGCCAAUCACUGCUUUGGAGCUACUUUCAGGUAGAGGCUUCUUUUCCCUUUUUGCCACAUUAGCUGUCCCACUUUUUGUGUCAUUGCAAGUAAGGCAGACUAAUAUGCUCACAUUGCUAACCAUAAAAGGCUUCUGUCUGCUUUUCAGUGUUUCAUUAGCCAUGCAAUGUAUACAUUACAUGUCUUUAAAACAAACUACCCCUGGGAACAAAGCUAAUUUUAGAAGCCAUAAUAAGAUGAAAUGGCCAGAAGGUUUUAACAUACUCUGAAAAUGCAAACUUUAGAAGAGCACAGAAUUUCUAAGUGGUAGGUGAUAUACUGUGGUUCUUAAUCUCUGCAGUAAUAAAUAACAAUUCAAGCAGUGAGAGAUUUAAAGGACCGUUAUUUUACUUCAGUCAUGUAUAGCAGUAAUAUGUGCAAUUGUAACAGAAAACAUACAGAGACAUUCCAUUUAAGAUCUGCCUCCACCUUCUCUGUUGUAGGUCAUUAGGACUGUGCUUUAUCAUUUUAUCAAUCAAAUGUGAUAAAGAAAUGCUAAAUGGCAUUGUUAUUACACGACAAAACACCUUUGGAAUUCUGGUUUUAAAUUUAUUCCUCAUAAGUAAUGUAUUUAAUGUUACUUAGAUACUUUGAAUAGAAAUUAUUCAGCUGCUGCCUAUAGCAGUUUGAAUUUUUUAAUCGUUUAGUUUUUUAUGAGCAAACGAAAGCACGUCAGUUUGGCAGAGAUCAAAAUAUCACAUGGGAGCAGUAGCUAUGAAUGAGAGGCUGAGAACUGGAAAGAGCUCCCAGGAAAGGAGACCGUCUAGAGCUAUGAAAAUACUGAAAAAGGGGACUCCAUGUGAAUGGUAGAUGAAGACAAUGUAAAUUCAAGGAAAGGAUCAGAAGGGGUGGGGAACCAAGAAGGGGCUAAGAAGAGAAGUUACGCAUUUGGUUGUAGGUUUCCAGUUUUAAACAAUUACUAUAAAAUUCUCUCUCUCUCUCUCCUUUCCUAGCAUGCAAUUGCAGAGGAGGACCUUGUGACCGUCGAACAGGGCAAUGCCUAGCAGAACCUCCAAUGUCUCCUCCAGUCACAGAUUGCCCAGUAAUCAGUAAGAAUAGCAAUUAUAUGAAACAUUGGCUGCACUGUCAACGUCCUCCAGCUUCCCCCUUUCCAGAGCAUCUGUAUCUUGAAGGACAUACAUUGAGGGUUAUGGUCUGAUUAUGUGAUUGUUCUUAUUUCCCUCUGUCCCUUUCCCCUACCCUAAAGAAAAAGAUUAUGCUAGUGAUGCUAGUGACCAGUACUGAGGCAGCCAUGAAAACAUAUCUGAAAUAAUGUUCAGUAGCGGUGUGGGAGAAAGAACCAGGGCAGCAAAUUACUUGGGCCUGUGGUAGAUGAAUUUAAUACUUAUCCCAGCCCAUUAUUUACCAUGUGGCACACAUUAGUCCUACCCUCCAAUCAUGUGGCUACUCAUUUUGGAGCUGGUCAUUCUGAAAAAGGCAGGAAGCUUCUCUGUCCAGAAAAAGUCCUGACAGGCCAAAUACAGCCUCUUGUAUCAAGGAUAUCAGGAAAGGAGUCAAGAAUAAAGCAGGCCUUCUAAACACAAUGAUUUUUAUUUUUAUUUUGCUACAUAUGCUUCAUAUGAAGCUAUUCAUAAUUUUAAUAAUAAUAAUAAUAGCAGCAGCAUAUCUGCAAUAACCUUCAUUUGUUAGCCACAGCACUGACUUCGAACCUCAGUGCUCCCCAGCAUACAAAACACAGUCCAUUGUGGUUAGACUGUCUGCCCUUAACUCUAAAAACAAAGACUUGAUUCAGUGAUACAAUGACACAGUUGCUUCUAAUGGCAGUGCUGUUUUAGAACGAAACAUGUAAUAAUUGGUGGGGUGAGGGAUUCCAGAGUAAUUUGUAAUUUGGAAACCCAAUUCAUACAUUAUCUGGAGCCUUUGCGCAGAAGUGGAGCAUUGUGUUCUCCACAUGGCCUGUUGGACAGGGGAUACCAAGCUCCUGGAGGGAGGCACAGAUUUGGAUGCAGCAGGCCCUGCACUGAAUUCCAUGUAUCAGAGGCAGCAGCUGCUGCCACAACCCCACUGUACCCCUUUGCCGUGUUUGGUAUCUUCUGUUUGGUCAUAUCAACAAGGCUACACCUUAAUAUCUAUGAGGCCAGUGACGUCAGAGCAAAAUACUGUUGCUUAGGCUACAGCAGAGAAUAGACUGUCUAAGCAUCACUGAGGCCAAAUAAAAAAAUAGGCACAGGGUUUAAUUUGAGCUCUAACCCAGAACCUUCCUUUUUUUCAGUGCCAGGGUUCAGCCUUGGAACACAUGUGUGCAGUAAGGAAGCAGAGUUUGCAUUUGUGUGUGUGCAAUUCCCUUUUUAAUAAUGCCCACCCCUAAUAUAUUUUGGAGUAAAAAACAGUAAUUCGGGCAGAGCAACAGAAUGCCAACAUCAGUGAAACAAAGACUGCUGAAGUUUCAGACUGCAUUUAGAAGGCUCCUAAGGUUGAACCCCUCAGAGAAGGAAACCCAAAACAUCUUUUGUCUUCAGGCAAGCCCAUACAGGGGACAUAGUAUUGUGCCCUUCAUCAGAGUCUGUAUGGCUUCUGAGCAACUCUGAACCUGGCACUUCUUCUUUUAGAAAUUAAGUCCUGAAUAUCUCUUUAGCUAGGGGGUGCAGGGGAUGCAGCUUUUUCUACAUAUUUUUAUGGCAAUUUUUGGGGGGGCAAAUACAUUUUUCACAAAAUUACAUACAGACAUAUUCUGCAUAACAUGACAUAAUAUAAAAAGUGUGUCUGUGAAAUCACUCCUUAAUAGCUAAAAUUGUUUCUUUUGUAGAAAACCUGCUUAGCGGUUAAGCCAUUUUUCUCUUCUUGCCUGGUACAGUGGACAGUUUCUAUAUUAUGCUAAAUCUUGAUAUUUAUUUGGAUAUAGUUGUGAGAACAUGGCAGAUUACAAUGGGUACUGCCUUUCUAAAUGCAAAACAAUAUUGCUAUAUGGAUUACAAGUUAGGAGAUCUUGACAACGUAAUGAAUUGGUUAUCCUUAUUUGUAGCUUUUCUCUCAUCCUCUUGGAACUGUCUUUUCUAAUUUCAAUUUUAUCUUCACAACUGGAAAAGCUAAUAGAAACUUCCCUUUUCCAAGAGAAAUCAGUGGAUUUCAAGAUUCCAGCAGGAAUGUAUUCCCCAUUCAACUGCCCAUAUUUCAUUUCAUUUCAUUGCCAGGUUGUGACAAAUGCAUUUGGGAUUUGACUGAUGAUAUUGGCUUGGCAGUUCAGUCCAUUGACGAAAGCAAAGCUACCCUGCAGAGCAUCUCCACUGGGGUUGCUGUUCACAGACACUUGAAUGACCUCAACUCCACUACUUAUGUGCUGAAGGUACCAGUUAUACCUUAUUUGGUUGCGUCUCUGCUUUUCUUUCACCAUUAAUAUGCUGCAGAAAGGUCAGAGUCAAAGUAGAUGUGGUGCAAUUAAAAACAGCCAUAGAGAGACGCCUCAAAUCAAGACUGAGGAAGGAAGUUAAUCCUUCCACUUGCUGGCAUGUUCCUGUUUUAAAUUGCCAUUCCCUGAAACUAUGGCUGCCCUGUCUAGGGACAGGGGUGCAGGGAAAGACCCUCCAAGUGUCCCUAUUUUCCAGGGACAGUCUGGUUUUACAGGUGACCCAGUUUCUGAUUUGAUCACAGAAUGUCCUGCUUUUCCUUAGGAUGUCCCUAUUUCCAUCAGAAAAAUGUUGGAGGGUAUGGAGUUAUGCCACCCCUGAGCCAUCUGAAGGCAGCUCUGUACAGGGAAGUUUUUUAAUUUUUUAUUAUGUUUAUAUAUAUGUUGGAAGCUGCUCAGAGUGGCUGGGGCAACCCAGUCAGAUGGACAGGAUAUCAGUAGUAAAAUUAUUAUUAUGGAAUAGGAUGUCCCUAUUUUCACCAGAGAAAUGUUGGAGGGUAUGCAGGGAUACAGAUAUAAAUAUGGGUAAGGGCUGUGCACCCUGACUGAAAUGCAUCUAAGGUCUGAGUCUUGUUCUCAGAUGCAUGUCCAUCACUCUGUGCCUCAGGCUGAGCCCACCCAUGAGGCAGGUGAAGCCAUGGGUGGCAGAAGCUCCUGAGGCAGCAGUGCCAUGAACACCCUGCCUGUCCUGCAUCCUCUGCCAGUGGCAGAGAAGCAGCACUGAAAAUCAGUGCUGAUGCAAGUGCCGCUUGUCCACUGCCGGCAGAGGUAGUGGGGCAGCGCUUCCCAUUCACCACAGGUGACAAAAUGGGACGUGCUGGCCCUGCCAUGCCUGCAACAUGAUACUUUACACAUGUGAACAGGCCAUCCCAGAUCUAUCACCACUGUUUUUCCGUGCAGUCAGUUCUCACAUUCUGCUUUCGGUCAUGAAGUGUUUGAAUAAUUAAGUGUUAUAAACUCAGACAGUAGUCAUGUGCAUGAGUGAAUUGGUCUGUGAGGUGUAGUGGUUGGAGACAGCUGACGUAUGUUCAUCCCCAUUUAGCCAUGAUGCUCAUUGGGCAAACUUUUGUCAGGUAUUCUCUUUUAGCAUAACCUGAUUUGCUGGAUUGUUGUGAGAGUAAAAGAAAGGGAAAUACAAUAUAUGCCUACUUGGAGUGCCCUCUUGGGGAAAAUGUGGGAUAGAAUGUUACUAUAGAGCAGCAUAGGCUGCUGUAGUACUCUGUGCAAAGAGAAAGAAGACAAGAUGAAUUGGAACUAAGAACAUAGGAGCCGACAGGAUCAGGCCAACAGCCUAUCUCGUCCAGCUUGCUUUUCUCGCAAAUAGUUGUCUGUGGGAAACAUGCCAGAAGCAGCUGAGCACAGCAGCAUUUUCCCCACCUGUGUUUUCCAGCGACCGGUAUUUAGAAGCAUUACCUGCUGCAGUACCUUUGAGGAAAAAAGUAGAACAAGUUGGUGUGGAAAAAACUGUAAAUGAGAGAGGAAUUACCUCCCUUAGAUAUAUAGAAGAGGUUCAUAAGCAAGAUGGUAGGUGCGUGUAAAGGUUGGCUCUCGCCACAUCCUUCUCACUCUAGCACUCAGCCAGACCAUGCAUAUCUGUGGGCCUUGACCAAGGCUGAAAGGUGUUCUUAUUAUCUCCUGAAUGCCCUAUUGCCUUUUGGUACUUUCCAGAACCAUUUUCCAUCACAGCAGGAAGACAGUUGUUUUCCCUCACAUCUAAGAACAGAAAAAGGGGCAUUGGACCUAAAGUAUAAGAAGCUAUACAGUUUAGUGAUCAUUUUUUUAAAAAAUCCUGUAACCCAAUGGUAAGAAUAGCAAGUUCAAAUUCCUGCUUAAAUUUGGGGGUUAUGUUCUGUUUGUGUGCUGCAGACAAGAGCAGUGCACACACAAAAGGUAGCAACGCAUUGAACUUUAGUAACUCUGUACCCAUGCUCCCAUACCCCAUAACAACAAAAAGCGUCAGGCCCCCUGGCCACUUUGCACUGGGAUGGUAUGCAGAGUGGCAUGUACGGUAUGGAAAGAACAAACAAGUCCAGACCAGGAAUGUGAAUCCUCCCUCAGACAAUAGGACAAAUUCCCUGGGAAUCUAUGCAAUUGUCCUCAAUGGACAUUUUUAAUAAAGCACUAAACAAACAUCUGUCAGUGACGAUUUAGAGCUAGUAACUCCAGCCUCACUGCAGUAGGUCAGCCUAGCUGCCCCAUGAGGUCCUUCCAGCACUGUGAUUCUAUGACAUUCACUAAAUACCUCAUCAGUGUGCUAUUUUGAUGAUGCUCAUUAAAAAAAAAGAGGAAAUUGGCUUUCACCUAUACUGAAUGAAGAUGCUUCGUUAAAAACAACUCAACCAACCCUUGAUCUUUGUUUUGCUUUAUUAGGAAGAAUUGUCAGAAAAGGAUAACCAUUCUCUACUGAGGAAGAGCCAGAUUGAUAAUGCUACGAUUGAAAUGACAGAGCUGCUGAAGGAAAUCGACGCACUUGAUGAAAAGGUUGGCUUGCCAUUUUGUGGUUUCAUUUCCUUUGAUGAAAAGGCCUGUUAUAAAGCUUGUUAAUUCUAUGGAAGUUAUUGUGAAUUUCAUUGGGUAGUAAGGUGGAUUAAUGCUACAUCUUUGGAUAGACCUGAGGGACAAGGGUUAACAAAUUUCAAAGGGGCAGCCAUAUUCAUCUCUUACAGCAAAAAAGGCAGAAUCCUGUGGCAUCUUAAGGUCUCACAAAUUUUACUAUGGCAUAAGCUUUCAUGGAACCCAUUUACAACAGAUGUAUUAAGUGUGAUCCUCAGUAAUCAGAUAUUUUUAAUAUUAUUUUUUUUUAGUUUCAGACACAAAAAAAAUAUACAAUAUAAAACCUCACUGUAGUCAGAACUCAAAAACAUGAGCCCCUGCCCCACCAUCCAAUGACCCUCCCUCACCCCUUCCCCAGAGAGCUUCAUGUCAUCAGCACAUCAAAAGCAUAUUCCUAGUACUUGGUUAACAGCCAGGAACAGACAAGUAAUCAGGUAUUAACACAUGAAUGUAAAUGGGAAAACUGUUCAGGUUGUGGUUAUGUGUCAACUCGAUGCAGAAAAUAUGUUGUUGUUUAGUCGUUUAGUCGUGUCUGACUCUUCAUGACCCCAUGGACCAGAGCACGCCAGGCACUUCUGUCUUCCACUGCCUCCUGCAGUUUGAUCAAACUCAUGCUGGUAGCUUCGAGAACACUAUCCAACCAUCUUGUCCUAUGUCGUCCCCUUCUCCUUGUGUCCUCAAUCUUUCCCAACAUCAGGGUCUUUUCCAGGGAGUCUUCUCUUCUCAUGAGGUGGCCAAAGUAUUGGAGCCUCAGCUUCACGAUCUGUCCUUCCAGUGAGCACUCAGGGCUGAUUUCCUUAAGAAUGGAUAGGUUUGUUCUUCUUGCAGUCCAUGGGACUCUCAAGAGUCUCCUCCAGCACCAUAAUUCAAAAGCAUCAAUUCUUCGGCAAUCAGCCUUCUUUAUGGUCCAGCUCUCACUUCCAUACAUCACUACUGGGAAAACCAUAGCUUUUAGUAUACGGACCUUUGUUGGCAAGGUGAUGUCUCUACUUUUUAUGAUGCUGUCUAGGUUUGUCACAGAAAAUAUAGUCUGUGACAAUUGUGUUUUUUCACAUUUAUGAUCAAAUAGGUCGCAUCAGAUGCAGAUACAGAGUUAGUUAUUUCCACUGGAGAUCUCUGAAUAUUCCCCCUUUUUCUUGUGUAAAAUGGGGGUGAAGCAUUUCUUAUUGAAAACUGGAACAUUUGGGGAAUGGGUAGGAAAUUUCCUAUUGCCCUGCUGCCGGGCCAUCAAAGAGUACUUGAUGAUUCCCACAGUGGUGCAAUCUACCCUUAUGAGUCCUAGGAGCUCAAUGAAUUACUAAAGAAUUGUUUAAUUUUGCAUAAAACAAAACACAUUUUUUUAUUUAAAAAAAAUGUGUGUGCAUGGGGAGACAGUGAGGGAGGGAAGAAAUGUUCACAUGAAGAAAAAAGUUUGGCAUAAUAGUAUGGGUUUGUCCCCAAAACAUACAUAAAAUAUUUCUUAAUGUGGGGCUCCAUUUAUGAGGGGGCAAGCUUCAGUUGCAGAACAUCAGAUGUGGUGAACUGGUGGCUCUGCAGAUGUUGUUGAACUCCAAGUCCCAUCAGCCCCAACCAGCAAGGCCAGUGAUCACCUGAAGGGCCACAGCUUUUCUUCUCCAGCAUUAAAUGCAUAAGGUCCCAGUUUCAACCCCUGACUGGAUCAGUUAAAGUUUUGAUGGACACCUGUUUGAACACUGGAAAUUUGCUGCCCCUUAGGCUAGGACAGAGCUAGGUGAACAAGUAGCAUAAGGCAAGUACCAUAAGGUGAACCUGACAUAAGGCAGCUUCCUACACAUCCUGCUUGUCUGUUAUUCACUUGGUGCUACUUUUUCCCCCCUAAUGGAAAUAUGGCAUGCCUACUUCAAAUUCUAAUUUAAACUGAUUACAGUAAUCAAGAUAAAUGACAUUCAGUUGCUUUUCUUUCUCUUUUGGAUAUUUCAAGCUAUGGGUGCUAUGCAUGGAAGUUUUCCUAGCAUUUCCAAUAGCACAGUAAUAUACUUCAAAGUCUUCUCCGAGCUUGUUAAUUAUCAGCAAUAAUCGUUUACACAGUAAGUAGCAGGCGCUUAGAUAAGGAUCAUAAUUUUCUGGUAGGGAUGAGCUAAUCAGGAUCACGAAGGGUCAGUAUGAGUGGAAUUAUAUUUGUGGUGCAAAAGCCACAACAGUACAGCUCUUACCUGGAGAUCCUGCUACCCUCCAGGUAGUCUUGGACUCCCAUUAGCCAGCAUUAGGAAUGUUUUGAUUUGUAGUCUAGUAACAUAUCAAGGGUCACAAGUUCCCCAAUCCUAUUAUACACAUUAGAUCACAUCAGAAGUUCUCAAUCAUAUAAUCUCCUCUGUGGUGGAGCUGAAGAACCACCCCACUCAAGGUCUGCAUACUCUUGGUCAAAGGCUGUACACACACAGUUCACACACACACACACACACACACACACACACACACCACUAAGCCCCUUCACUCACAUCACAUUCUCACAUACACACCACAUAUGCCACAAAUUCAGUUAUAAAUGCAUGCAGCGCAGUUAGAAAGAGACACCUUAGUGGGUUACUUUUGGCCUAUGGUCUGGAAGCUCCCCGUCCCUAGACUAUGUGGUAGCUGUUGAAAUAAAAACAAUACAUGUUACAUGUGAUCACACACACACAUACCUUUAUUAUUAUUUUGCUGUACUGGCUGUGCUUAACACACUGGAAAAGAAGCUUUUGUUUCCUGUAUUCUGUAUUUCUCAUCAUAGCAAAUACUUUAGUGUAUAGUGCUGUUGUUUGGUGUAAUAUAUAUUUAUUUAUUUCCCCAGCUAUACUGUUCCUGUAAAUUUCUUUUUUGGAACAGGUCCAGAAACAGGAUACCCAUUUUGAUAAUUCUAUCAAAAGAAUGGAUUUUUUAAAUUUUUAAAAAAAAGCUCUUCUAAGUAGAGUAUGGCUGGAAAUUCCAAGGUCUAAAAUAAGCCUGGGCAAUCUGUGCUCGCCUACCUAAUUUCAUGAAGCAAAAAUCUGAUUUCAUCAGAGUGGCAAGGAGGGAAAAAGCAAAGGGAAACGGGAUUGCAGAGAGAGAGAGAAGGGAAUUGCAGAAAGAGCAAGAAAGGGGGGCUGCCCCACUCUCUCUGACUCUGAACAUGUCCACUGCCAGUGUAUGGCCUCUGACAGACCACUUAUGAGGGAAUGCAGCCCUUAACAUAAAAAGCCCUCUAAAAGCAGGUUCCCAUAAGCACAGCACUAACAGGAAGAAAUUCAGGUCUUCGAUCCUACACCAACAAAUAUGUUUUAACUGUACAUUUCCAUAUCAGGAGAGGACACAAGGGAGAAGAUUUGUUCACAUGAUUUGAGGAAGUGGCUAUGUGAUCUUAGACUCAUUUCUUUCCAACUGGUUGAAAGCGCCACCUGGUGCUUCAGCAAGCAAAGCACUGAUUUGCAAAAGAACGUGACACACUGAGUCACGUUAUAUGACAAAACUAGACACUACAUGCCAUGCAGACAUGUGUAUUUUUUUUUAAAAGCCUAAUGACUUAAAAGAAAAUCAAAAUUAACAUGAGAAGGGGAAUGGGGAACAAUUUUUCUUGUUCACCAUUUUUCUAAUCUACUUUUCCACACACACAUACAUCUCCUCCUUUUCCAAAUUGCCUCCUUCAGAAGCUGCUUAUUAAAAAGAUCAUCAAGAUAAUGUUGCAUAUGUGGUUGCCAAAUAUUUUCUGCAGAAAAUUUGCUCAGAUAUAAAUCCCACUAUAUUCAAUGAAACUUCUUUCCUAGGGAAGUUUGCAUAAGGAUCAGCUUCUGCUUCAGAGUUGGAUCCGAUAAGUGACGGUUUGAGUGCAGCAAAUGACACUGAAAUGUGGAGCAGGUUUCCAAAGCCUGCAUUGUAAAUACCAAGCACCUAAUGAGAUGCAGCUCUUUUCUUCCAACGUUGCCAAAUAUCAUUUAUACGCUCAAUAGACCUUCCUGCACUCAUUAGACGGAUUUUGCUUACACUAGUCAGACCUGCACAUGCCUGGAGAUUGAAAAGAAAAUCUAAUAUCGCAAUUGCAUGGUUUAUUCAUAGGGAAAUCAAGAAUCCAGCAAAGGCCAAUUGAUACAGAAGGAAACCAUGAAGAGCAUUGACCGUGCAGCUGUUCUUGUGGAGGCACUUGGAAAUAUGAUAGAUAAUAUCCAAGGUAAAUCUGUGUUUUGUCUUGGUUCAUCUAAAUGGCGAGAACAAAAUGGCAAGACUGCCAAUGGACAAAAGUCAUCACAGGAGCAAUACAAGUACGGGAGAAGUAAUCAGGCUUUCUUGUACCACCCCAAUACAUUUUUGUGCUGAGAGAAGGAAAAUAGCUGUGCAAGCUAUACAUUGGUCUCACAGUUGCUCCUACCAGCUGUGCGGAUGAGUGUCGGAUGAAGUUUCCUGUGUGUAUUGAAACAAUACAUUCAAUUUCCUGUGUAAGAGCAGUGAUAAUGUGGCUACAGUGAGGGUGUGACAGGAAGUGAAAAAGGCUCCCUGUGCUGAUGCCAAUCAGCAGUCCACCAGAAUGUUGUGGUUUGUUUCUUUCAAACAUAGGGGGAAAUGCCCAAGUCCUGUCUAGACAACUCUUAGCAAACUUAAGUAUUUUGACUGAGAUCUUUGAGAUCAUUUUGUCUACGUAGCCAUCAAAAUACCAGUUGUUGGUCCCCCCCCCCCCACAUUUAUUAUUACUUUAUCAGAAUACAAACGGGAGAACUAGCUCUGAGUUUCUGAAAGAAUAGCACAAUCAUUUGGGGCUGAAAAAGAAACAAACUGCAAAAAAGAAUUUAGAGCUGUUUUCCAUUUGUAACCAAAUACAAUAGAUGUUAAAUUAUUAAAUCUUCCUGCUGCCCUGGGACUUAUAAAACUGCUAUUUAUUCAUACUAGCUUAUUGAUCAAGAGAGAUAGCAUAAAAGCAGCCCCCUGAAAGCAUUGCAACUUUGUACAAAAGAGGCACAAGUUCCAUGCCACUGGUGUAUCGUGAAACGUUUGCUACCAACUACAAAUUCUGCAUAAUCCAAUGUUCUUAUAAAUGCAGGUUUGCAAUUCCAGAAAAUGAGUUGUUACCAACAAAUGAUUUUUGCAACCGGCCAAAAGGCUGUUUCUACAAUACAGAGAAAGAAAACCACAUGGGCACAAGAGUUGGGUACCCUAAAGGACAUCAGGGGGAAGGGACUAUAAACAUAUCAAUAAAGAUAUGAAACAUUCAGGGUCUUGUCAGAAACCCAUGAUUCAAGGGGGCUUGUGUAGUUAUUUGUUCAAUCACAAUUCAUUAUUGCUAUAUCUGCCUGGGAUUUGUUCACAGAAGUCAGCAGCAAGGUGGAAUACUAUGGCAUUGAACAUGACCUGAGGCCUGAGGAUAUCAUUCAGAAGCUCAAGGCAGCAGAAGAAAUGGUGAAGGACAUCAAACGUCGCAAGCCAUUCACUAUUCAGAUACCACUUGCAUAUGAAGAAUCUGAUGCAGCGCAAGAGUGUGAGUUUUCCUUCUGUCAAGACAGUGUAAUGUGGCAUUGGAAAAGCGCAGUUGCAUAUUGAAAUACAUACUCACAGAUCUUUAUGAGUGUCAGCCAUGAUGGCACCAAUUAAUUCAAAAUCAUAUGCAAUUCAUAUAAAAGAGUACAGUCGUACCUUGGAUCCCAAACGCCACAAACCCGGAAGUGAUUGUUCCGGUUUGCAAACAUUCUUUUGGAACCUGAAUGUCCGAUGGGGCUUCUGCGGCUUCUGAUUGGUUGCAGAAGCUUCAAAGUUCACACUUUUCUGAAUUUUGCAAUGCAAUUCUCCAGCCAUGUAAUGUGUACAAUAUUGUAAAGUGCAUAUAAAAGCAUAUAUUCAUCAAAAUAAUAUUUAAAAAUGCAUUCUAUGGGGGGGUUCUGCAGAAAUGUGUACAUUAGGCAAAAUUGCAUCCAGAAUAUAUAGAAAUAGAAAUACUUUAUUGUCACUGUACCACUUGUUUACAGUGAGAUUAAACGAGCCCCCCACAAUCUCUCAGUCCUUGUUACACUCUGUGUGCUGUCGUACGACCACCAACCCCGAAUAUAGUUUAUUAGGAUAAAUUUGUCCUGAAAUGCUAAUGAAUUUUUACAAUUAAAAAAAUAGUAAUUGCAAACAGAUAUGGAAAUGUGAAGAACUGAACUGAAAUGAGAAAAUGAAAGAAAUUGGCAACAGUUUGUUCAUCCCUAACCAUGUGUGGCUAAACUUGCUGCAGAAACCAAGAGUAAGGCCAUUCACAAUGGUUAACCAGCUUUAUCUUCUCUUAGUGCUAAAAGAAGUGGAAAAGUGGAGACAGACAUACAAUGAAACCAGAUCUCUGAUACCUGUCGUUUUGGACCAGCUUGGGGAUUACAACACCAAGCUUGCAGAUUUGCAGAAGGCCCUGGACCAGGCUGUUGAUGACAUUAAGAAAGCAGAAGCUAGAAAUAAAGAAAGCACCGCCACGUUCCGAAGGCAGGAGGUACCAUGCAGUAUAUUGCACUGUGAAUCUGUGAAGAACAUUCCCCUCCUCCUGCCCUGAUUAGGAGAGUGGGAAAAGAGGAUGGUGAUUUCAGGAAUUGUUUCCUUUCCCAGCAUGAUUCCAAAAUCUGCUCCAGAGGUUGGAGUAAACCACAGAGCAGAUUUAAGGGUCACGCCCCCCUGCGUGGACAGAGGGGAGGGAGGGGAAGUACAGCUAGAGGUCCUUGCACUGGUGGAACUGUUUAGCUGGAUGCUGCCCUAUGCGUUUUGUUGCUGCCAUGUUUGGCUGCAGAAAAGAUCAUAUACAAAAUGGGUUUCUCUUGAUAUGAAAUGUACAAAGCCCUGGCUAUAAAUGUGCACAUUUAUGCACUUCUUUGCCCUGGUCUUUGAAAAUUGAAGAACAGAUUUUGGUGUCCUUCCUGUGAGGUGUUGUAAGGUAUCAUUUUUUUAUUGUGUUUAUUGUGUUUUCACAUGAUGUAACCUGCCCUGGGAUUUUCUGGUUAAGGGUGGGUAAGUAAAACUACUAUUGCUGCUACUGUACUACAAUGAGGCCAGUAACAACUCAGGAAAAUACACCAUCUACCUUUCUUCCCAAUCCACUGCUUUUUCAAUCUUCUUUUUCUAUAUUUCAAGUCUUUUCUCAGAAAUUGCCUAAGAUAUAUUAGCUGUUUCAAGUCUUAUUUCAGAAAGUCGUGUGUGUUGCUCUUGGCAGAGUUACUGAAUGUCUAAAAACAGACUGUGCAAAAAUGACCUGCCACAAUAGGACUCAUUUAAACUAUCUAUUAUCUGCUCUCUUUUAAAAUUCCAUUUUUCUUAAUUCAGAACCUCCUAAUAACCUCAGCUUCCAAAUUUUAAUUGGAUGACAGAAGUUCAGCAGUGCAUUUUUAGGAUAGAUCAAAGCCACUAACCCAAAAGAACAUAAUAAAUGUAUCCAACAUUUCUGGGAGCUUAUUCAUUUCAUUCAUUCAUUCAUUCAUCUAUUUUCUCACAGAAGCAACAAGAAGUAGUGGAGGCACAGAUUAACAGUGUCAACAGUACCCUGCUGCAGGCAAGAGAUAUUUUAGAUGUACCUCAGCAACUCAACUUGGAACUGAGUGAGGCAAUCAAGGUAACUUCCUUGUGAAUGACACAUUCCUCACUGACCUUAAUCAGAGUUAAGAAGAAGAAGAAGAAGAGGAGUUUGGAUUUGAUAUCCCGCCUUUCACUCCCUUUAAGGAGUCUCAAAGCGGCUAACAUUCUCCUUUCCCUUCCUCCCCCACAACAAACACUCUGUGAGGUGAGUGGGGCUGAGAGACUUCAAAGAAGUGUGACUGGCCCAAGGUCACCCAGCAGUUGCAUGUGGAGGAGCGGAGACUCGAACCCGGUUCCCCAGAUUACGAGACUCUUAACCACUGGCUCUCACCAGUGUUGCAUCAGCACCAGCGUUUCCCAUGGUUAACGUCAGUGCUUUUUUUUCUAAAAAAAUGUUUAGGGGUACUCUCAUUUCCCUACUCAUAUUGAAAUACUGCCCCUCAGGGGUAUGUGUACCCCUGCGUCCCCCCAUAAAAACGCACUGGUUAACACUACCCAAUUUUUCUUUUCCAGCGUUUGCUAACCAGCUUCAAAUAUUGACUAAGAGUAACUUCCCCAAAUGGGACGCGGGUGGCACUGUGGGUUAAACCACAGAGCCUAGGACUUGCUGGUCAGAAGGUCGGUGGUUCGAAUCCCUGCGAUGGGGUGAGCUCCCGUUGCUCGGUCCCAGCUCCUGCCAACCUAGCAGUUCGAAAGCACCUCAAAGUGCAAGUAGAGAAAUAGGUACCGCUCCGGCGGGAAGGUAAACGGCGUUUCCGUGCGCUGCUCUGGUUCACCAGAAGCGGCUUAGUCAUGCUGGCCAUGUGACCCGGAAGCUGUACGCCGGCUCCCUCGGCCAAUAAAGCAAGAUGAGCGCCGCAGCCCCAGAGUCGGUCACGACUGGACCUAAUGGUCAGGGGUCCCUUUACCUUUACCUUUACCUUCCCCCAUAGCAUUAAUCAUGGUCAACAGCAAUGCCCAGAAGCAGCUCACCAGGUGGGGCAGAGUCACUGCACUACCUUCCUAGUUAGUGGGAUGCUGUUGCUUAAAGGGUGGGAGAGGAGAGGCAAUGGGGAUGUUGGUGCUGUGCAAAUGUACUGGCAAAGCCCAUCCAAUGCUCCUUCUAGUACACUUGUACCAUGCCAACCUCCCUACCGCCAUACCUCUUUCCCUCCUGGUAAGUAUUAACAACACACCUGCUGGGAAAAUAGUAUCAAUUUCUAGAAAUAUUAACCUUGAAUUACUUUUCCCCACUCUGUACUCUCAUUUGAACAGAAUGCAUCAGGGUUCUAUGCAGAAAUAGAUGGAGCUAAAAUACAGCUACAGGACAAACUGGCCAACCUCUCAAGGUUUGAUGGUGAUUUGGUGCAAAGGGCCAUGGAAUAUGCACAAGAGCUUGGUGUUCUUGCAGAUCAGCUAGACAGGUAAACUGCCAUCAGUUAAUAUAUAUUAAUAUAUCAUAUUAACUGUGCUCUAUAAAUCAAACAAAUGAGCACAAUUCAGCCAGCAGCCUAGUUUGCUACCAUGGCUUCAUGUGACUCCACGAGUAUGUAGGCUCCCAGAGAGGAGUUCGCUGCCAUUUUGGUCAUUUUGCUCCUGAUGUGCUGUCUCCAAGACUUGUCCUAGAUUUUACAAACCUUGUGGUUUGUCCAUAAGUCCAGGUUCCAGCAACAUACUCAUGGCUUAGCUCAGCGUGGUGCAGCAGCAAAGUGACUGGGGAGAAGCAGCUAUUGCCUCUUCUCCCAAAUCUUGUGUAUUCAUGCUAAGCCAUGAUUUGCCUGACUGUGAUGUGUAAACCAGUACAAUGUGAAGUGCAUUUCAGCCUUAUGGAACAGAAUUAAAUGUGUGGUUUACUCUCCCACUGAAAACAGUGGAACUUAAAAGUGCUUUGCUUUGGCUGGAUUGUGUCCAAUGUUCAUAAAAGGAUUGGCUGGUUGGAAGGAAAGUAGAAUAUAGCAAUACAGUAAUUGUACUUUGCAUUAUAGUCUUUUCACCACUGUGCUAUGUAUACCAGCUCUCAACAUAGGGUCCAACUAGAUGAUCAAAUCCACCAUUGUAUUUUUCUUUCCUUCAAAGCAGCUGUUUAGAAAUAGUCAUCACACAGUUUUUAGUGAAUAUCCAUUUCACUUUCCAAACCAUAAAAAGUCCAAUUCUUUUCUAAAGUGAGUUUGCUGCGCUAUAACAAGAGUCCUUUAAUCCACUUUAACUGUGCAGACAUAAAGUUCCAGUGUGCAGAUGGACCUCUUCUGCAAAAUCAUGACAAUCUGGAGGCAGGUUUAGUAUUUUUAUUGCAAAUAAUGGGUUUCAAAAAGGUAGGUAUAUCUCCAAUCCCUGUUCAUGGACAGAUUCAGCAGCAGCUCUGCAACUGAUACUGCAGCUGACUUGUGCAAUGCUGAAACUGAGCUGCUGGUGAGAUCUGUACUCACCUUUUAGCAUGUGCGUGUGCCAUUACUGAGCACUAAAUAAGUGCACAAAAUCACUGUCUCUCAAUUAGUUGAUUCAGCUCUGGCAAAUACUCACCUGUUUUCACCUGUAAGUAAUUCAGAUUAUUAUUGUUAUUGUUAUUUCUCCUUUGCUGUAGGACCUUGCAUGGUGUUGAUACAAACGGAUUAGUCCAAAAAGCAUUAAAUGCUUCCAAUGUUCAUGAAAAUAUCAUUAAUUACAUUCACGAAGCCGAACAAAUCUCUACCUUGGCAUUAAACACUACAGAGCGGGUCGGUGAUGUAAGUAAACCCUGAUCUAUGCUCCAUGACCCUUGUAUCAUUGGGAUGAAGCAAAAUUUCCAGCGCCUGCUGAAAACUCUUUUAUAGAAUUUUUCACAUGUAAUGUCUAAUUAUUAGGCUGCAUACAAAACACACCAGCAAUCAUGUGAAUGUUAUUUUCCAUAACUAUUGCCCAGUUCACCAAAUGAGAAGAAAUACAUUUCAGUCUCAGUCUCUGGUAUAAUUCUUUUUGGAGCCAUUUUCUAAUUUUUACUGCAACAAUUCCAUAAUUUCUGUAUACUUGCAAAAGUUACAAUAGGCUAGAUUCAGAGCACCCAUGAGUGGAACCUGGGUUGCAGAAUGCCUUUGCUGGGCAAAGUGGAGUUAGAGACUUUUUGCCAAUUUCCCAUCCAGCCCCUUUAAAAGUAAAGGGCCAAACCACAUGUCACAUUCAAGCUCCCAAUGUAAAUUUUCUUUAGUAAAAUCAGCUGUAUGGGCUGCCUGAUUUGGAUAUGGCUGUGUCAAAGGGGAAGGGGCGGUCUGAGUCUUUUUUUUUAAUAUAAUUUUUAUUAACAGGCCAAUCAAAUCACAUUAUUUCCAAAUCACAUUAGUUCCAAAUUAUACAGCCAGAUUUUAAAAUUUUUGUUGGGGGUACCCAUACUUCAAGCUCCGAACAGGGGUCCAAGCAUCACUUAUAUUGCUGCUUUAAUGAGACAGUUCUAUCCAGUUCUGUCCAGAUAGUCUCUUUGUUACUUUCCUCAUCUUCUUGUUGUUAUCAUAUAUUCCUUUCUUUGCGAUCUCUGAUAAUCUUCACAAGCGGGUUGAAAACAAACAUCCUCUGUGUGGAUUUUACACUCUCCAAAAAUCAUAUCACAUAGGGACAGACGCCAUUUCCACAACUCCGUAAAGAACUUUCCCUCAGUCUGUCCGUUGAUUUUCCCAGGCUUGCCAAACAUAUCUCAGAGGGCUCUGCCAGGUCUAGAUCAAAUUCCGAUCACCAUUCACAUUCCGAUGACCCUGGUCCUCCUCCCCCCGUCCUUCUUAGGCAAGCCUGUCUUGGCGAGACACCAUUUAAAACUGCGUCAUAAAACUUUUCUCCGUUCUCCGAUGUUUACCAAUCCUCUCUUUGAUCCAUAAUUCACUCCACACAGUUCUUAAAUUCCUGCUUGUGAUUAAUAAAUUGCAACGAUUCUUCUCUCUGGGGUGGAGGGUUAUUAAUACUCACAUAAGGCAAAAAAAGAAAAGUUUUUUCCUCCACCCCCUUUCCGUUUCACUCCAAACAUACCAGUCUUUAAAUGGUGAUUCAUCACUUGAUUUAUUUGUCCCGCCCGUCGCUCCGCUCACAGAGAUCCAUUAAUCAGCAGUCUUUACACCCGAUCUUCGCUUGAUGUAUGUGCUUUAGCUUCUUUCCAAUUAUAUAUUUCGAGCUAAAGCGAACCAGUGCGCUGAUUGGAGACAGCGUCAGGAAGAGCCGACUUCACCCGAGGGCUUGUGCCAAGUGUCCGACCCCCUUCUUUCGAAUCCGGGGGUGAAUUAUGGACACCGCUGGCAAGGCAGUCCCCCCCAUCUCCUUGGGGGGGCGGGAAGGCUGCAUACUUCCCAUAGCAGCUUCUUAAUUACCUCGUGUGGGUCGGAGAGAUGUUAUUGUCAGCCAUCUUCCAAUGCGCCACCUGGUGGCGGGGCGGAUCUGGGAAUUCAGAUCACUUACCUUAAACUGCUAUACAUGGGACUCAGCUAUACAACUGCAAAUAAAAAAAUUUAAUGUGUCGUAAAGUGCAAUAUACAAGAGUGACACUAGAUGGCAACAGUGAGCUAUGCUAAAUUCAAUGUAUUUUUCAAAACUUUUUAAAAGCAUUUUCAUAACGUUUUGUAUAUGUGUGUAGAUUCCACCAUGGUUAUGGGCUUAAUAGCAAUUUGUGCUUCAUAACUUUCCACUAUCUGUUGCAGAAAUUACGAGGGGGGGGAGGGAGAGAAUGAGGAGAGAAGGUUUUUUGCUUGUGGCUCUAUGCCUGUGGAAUUCUCUCCCUAGGGAGAUACGUGUAAUAUCUCUACUGAAACGAAACCCUUUUUUUAUUUCAAAUUGAGUUUUAUUUUAACUGCUCCUUUUUUAGUGUCAUUUUUAAAUGUUUGGGUUAGGUCAUAGUUUUGACAUAAGCUGCCUUUUGGGGAGGGGUUGCUCUGAAAAGGUGGCAUAGAAAUCCUGAACAUCAGAAGAAAUAAAUGAGGUUUUAUUCUGACUCUCUUUCUAAAAUGAAUUUGUAGGCUGUUGUUGGAAUUGGCACCCAGAUCACUUACCAUAAAGAAGAAAGCAAAAAAGUUCUCAAUCAAGCCAGCGAUCAGGAGCAGACGGCACAUGCUAGUAAAUAUAAUCCUGUUUCUUGAUUUGGACACUUCUCUGGAAGUAUAAUAGCUCUGCAUAUGGAAAGGGAACAUCAUGAAGAAUGAAAAAUGUUGACAGGAGAGAAUUAAUCAUUAUAUCCCACUGAGAAUUCUGUAAUUCAAAAGCUUGUCUAUUUUCAGUAGAACAGAAGCUGGUCUAAUAAACACUCAUUACUUUAUCCGUUUUGUAUCUCUUGUUCUCUGGGACCUGCACUGCAACAAAUGUCUGUACAAUUACCAGGCCAUAUAGAAGAUUUACAGGAUGCUAGUACUUCUUUUUCUGAAACUUAAAACUAUGGAAAUUACUGCUUUUAAUCUGUCAGAAGCAAAUGCUUUUCACAUUUGUAGUGCAUUAUUUUUCUAAUGUAAAUGUGCUGUCACCUAGCUCAAGAGAAUACCAUCUGCCAAAUUCUUUUUAAGAGGUCCCUGAAGACAAUUCAGUAUUCCAUCAGGAAUUGUUGCUGGGCACUGACAAGGAGACUAUUGAGAAAGCCAGACUACCUAAAUGUGUGUCAUUAAAUAUCUCCUAAUUAAAUAUUGUCAUGAUUAGCACCGGUUAUACAUACGGUGGAGUGCCUUUUUGAUAAAAUUAAUACUAAGACUAGAUGUAAACUGUUUACAAUGAUAAGCCACAGUGAGCCACAGUGAGCAUUGAGGUUGCAUGCUUCUAACAUCCUAUUCUGGAAUUGCCACAAGAAAGAGUUUAGAAACUUUGCUGCCUUUUAAGACUAACCACAGCUUGUGGUGACAUCCAAAUUUAGGCAAACUGUGGUUAGUCAUGAACUGUGGUUAAUUGGGAAAAGCUGACUUCGAACCAUGGGUUAUGAACCUCACUUGUUUUCACUAACCAUAGUUAAAAUUACCACAGGGAUUGGAUAUAGCACUAAAACUGUGGUUAAUCUAAAAUGAAAGCAGAAGCGUUUGAUCUUAUUGUCAAAGCUGCACUGGAAGAGGGGAGGAAGGAAACCACGAGGCUUAUUGCAGUUCAUCCUAAUAACAUGAUUUAGCACAUGUGUGAACUCGGUCUUGAGUCCGCCAUAGUGGUAAAACCGUUCCUUACAUUUUAUUUCUCCUUUACAGAUUAUUUAGCUGUUGCUGACGCAGGUCGCCGUGUUAAUGGAACUGUUGCCAGAAAGAAUAAUUGGAAAAGCUAUUUGCUGAAAGUCAUUUCAAAAAUACAGAUGUCAGAACAAGGUCAGGAGAUAAAUACUGAAAAAUUUAAUCUUGUGAAACUGAUUGAAGAAGAAAUUUAUACUAGAAAUCCCCUUAGUGAUUAUGUCAGGAAGGAUUUAAAUCAAAUCCUACUUUUGCUGAUUCUUUUCAAUAGUUGAAUCACAAAAUUUCCUUCAGAUUUGUUGUGUUUGUUGGAUCUCCUCCAUAAAGGUAAUUGUUAAUUCUAUUCACAAUUGAUUUUGGCAAUCUUUGCAAUGUUCAAAAGGGUUAAGCAUGGUGCAAGGCUGCCAAGUUACUUAGAUACUAAAAUACAUUUUAGUGCCCAUGCAGAAAUACCCCUGAAUGCCUACAUAGCAAAUAGCUGGCAUAAGUUAUUUAGAACAAACUGAAAAUCACAUAUAAUGUAGCAAAACAUCUCUGCCCAUCCUGACUCACACCUCUGUUUUCAGUGUGUAUGUGUGUCUGCAAGGGGAGACAAAGUUGUAUCCUAUGGUAGCUUUGCCGUAAUAGAAAGUAUAGAAAAAUAGGAAGUUGCCUUUAACUGAACUUGAACUUUUUGUCAGUAUUGGCUGACAGCAGCUUUGUAGGAUUUCAGGCAGGGGGUCACUCCCAGCCCUUCCUGGAGUAACAUGGGGGACCUCUUGCAUGCAAAUCAGAACAUCUAACAACAAUAAAAUAUUUGAGGCAGCCAAUUUUGGCCAUUUCUCUCCUUGCUUCUGCAUCCCUCUCUACUAUAUCUUGUUCUGUUCUUGGUUUCCCCACCCCAGCCUCCACCCCAGUCCUCAGGUUCAAAUUUUUAGUGAUUUCUUACUAUAGAGAAUUCCCCCCUCCCUCUGUCAUUACAGUGUAUCUAUCCUAUCUACUGGCUAUUAAGAGUCAUUUUUUUGCUUUUGUUCUUUUAACAGAUAAUGCAAGACAACGUCUGAACCAGUUGAAAGUCAUUACAGAUCAAGCUCUAGAUACUGCUGCAGCAGUAACGCAGACUACUAGUCCAAUGGCUGAGAAUGUAAGCAAAUGGUCCCAAGACCUGAAGAACUUUAAGCCUGAAAGAGCAGCCUAUGAACGUGCCACAGUCACAACAAGGGAUACAGGUACGGUGAUGGGAAACACUAGGAUGCAAAAUGGGUACCAAAAUUGGUGGGAUCUUGGAGGGCUGUACCCUCCCAACCCCACCAGUUGUUUUUUUUGGGGGGUAGCGAAGAGAAAAGAGAAGAGAGGUCCAGAGAGUGGCAACACAAGCACAGGCCUUCUCUGUAGUGGCUCCCCAGCUGUGGAAUGCUCUCCCCAGGGAAGUUCGCCUGGCGCCUUCAUUAUACAACUUUAGGCGCCAGGCAUCCAACACCCUUUUAGAAUGUGGCUUGGGGGGGUAUUGGGUUAUUGCUUUUGGUUUGAUUUUAUAUGUUGUGGUCUUGUUGUGAACCACCCUGAGACCUCUGGGUAUAGGGCGGUGUAUAAGUUGAAUUAUUAUUGUUGUUGUUGUUGUUGUUGUUGUUAUAAUAAAAUAAUUGAACCCUGCAGUGGGAAAUGCCCAGCACCCUGAUGGGACGCAAAUCACCUCCUCUCUGUUCAUGAGAUUUCAUAUCUGCCUCUGUGUGUGCACAAUGAGAGGUUGUGGAGUGGCUUGAAGGCUCAGCCAAGGGUGAAUGUUGACUCAGAUCAAGAAACAUAGGCAGUUUAUUAUAGCACUAGCAGAAGAAGCACAACAGUAAAAAUGUCCUUUAGAAAACAUGUUUAGUUCUUUUCUUACAUUUAUAUCUCACUUUGCCCCUUCAUGCAUUUCUCACAGAAAUACAAGUACAUCAUUGUUAUCCAGUCAUUUCUAUGGGUCUGUGGCAUAUUUCAUUUUGGAGCCAAAUUGCUGUAGUUUUAUUGGAUUUUAGAAUUACUUUAAAUAUUGUUACUGUCUGAGAGCAUGAACUAUUUUCAUGCUCCUUAGGGAUAAAAUGGCAGCUACAAAAAUAAUGUAUAAAUUGUUAUAGUGGACAAAUCUUGCUUGUAACAAAGAAUAAAGAGCCACUGCUAUAUAAUAUUAUUCAUAUAUAGAUAGGUUACAAACACCUCAGGUUACAAACACUUCGGGUUACAGACUCCGCUAACCCGGAAGUAGUACCUCGGGUUAAGAACUUUACCUCAGGAUGAGAACAGAAAUCAUGUGCCAGCAGUGUGGCGGCAGUGCGAGGCCCCAUUAGCUAAAGUGAUACCUCAGGUUAAGAACGGUUUCAGGUUAAGAAUGGACCUCCGGAACAAAUUAAGUUCGUAACCAGAGGUACCACUGUAUAGAUAUAGCAGUGCUUCUUCUUCACUCCUUGCUGCAAGUAAGAUUUUCUUGUGUUUGUGAGUUCAAGGUUAGAAAAUGUACACAGAAGAACCUUUUAAUUUUUCACAGAAUGGAAUCAUUACUUUCUUCCCCACCCUCUUCUUUCCUUUUCCAUGACAGUGAAGAGUCUCACAGAAGUUGUCCCCCAGCUGCUAGAUAAGCUGCGGACAGUGGAACAGAAGUGGCCCGCAAACAAUGUCUCCGCCAGCAUUCAAAGGGUCAGGGAGCUCAUUGCACAGACAAGGAGCGUAGCCAACAAGGUAAAGAGGCUGCUGGAAACUUUAUGUGUUCAAAUAAUAUAGUAGGUUAUUUAUUACAACAUCUCCUAAAUUUAAACUUGGUGUUCAGUUAUAUCAUCUAAGCUGGAUGACCCUUGGCAAUAUAGCAACUGUUAACAGUCUGAAUGGUAGGUAAAAGGUAAAGGUAAAAGACCCCUGAAUGGUUAAGUCCAGUCAAAGGCGGCUAUGGGGUUGCAGCGCUCAUCUUGCUUUCAGACUGAGGGAGCCAGCCUUUGUCCACAGACAGCCUUCCGGGUCUUGUGGCCAGCAUGACUAAAUCACUUCUGGUGCAACGGGACAUUGUGACAGAAACCAGAGCACACAGAAACGCCAUUUACCUUCCUUCCACAGUGAUACCUAUUUAUCUACUUGCGCUGGUGUGCUUUUGAACUGCUAGGUUGGCAGGAGCUGGGACAGAGCAACGGGAGCUCACCCCGCCGCAAGAAUUCAAACCACCAACCUUCUGAUCAGCAAACCUAAGAGGCUCAGUGGUUUAGGCUACAGCGCCACCCGCAUCCCUCCUGAAUGGUAGAAUAGCAUUGGUACUGUAGUUGGUACUAUAGUAUGCUAAUGUUUACUGCCACAAACUCUAGGAGACCUCCAGGAUGCCCAGAGCUGGAGGGCAACUGGAGACUAUUGUCCUCAUGUGAUUCUUAUUGGUUUCCGAUGGCAUCUGGUUGACCACUUUGGAAAAACAGGAUGCUGGACCACAUCGACCUUUGAUCUGGUUUAGUGGGGCCUACACACACACACACACACACACAAAUAAUUUGUCAUGAAGUGCGUUCCAACUUCAUGACAAAUUAUUUGUGUGUGUGUGUGUAGGUGUAGGGUCAUAUUUGACUAAGUCAUACUCAAAGUUAGACCCACUGAAAUUAAUGGACAUGACUCAUAAUUUCAAUGGGUUUACUCUGAGUAUGAGUUUGCCAAAUGGGUCUAAAGCUUUUCUGUUGCACCUUUAUCAGAGAGGAAAGAGUGGCAAUGUUGGAAAAAAAUGUUUUCAAAAAGACAUUUAAAUCUGCAGAUUGAAACCCAUCACAGUGCUUUCCAUCCACUUUUAUUUGUUUAAGGAUUUAUGUCCCACAUAUAAAUUAAGGAUUUAUAUGUGCAGCUAACAAGACAAAAAAAAUGCUGCAUGGUAUACAUUAAAAUGAAUUCUGAUGAAUAAAUGAAUACUUUGGGGUGGGUGUCCUCACAUUCAUUAUAGUCUUACACUAAUGCAGCUCCACUGCAUAUAUUUUACACCUGAAGUACAUGAGUGUGAGACCAAAAUGCAGCCCUCUUAUAUUCAAAGCAAAAUACUAAUUGCUUUUAAUAAUAUAAAUGGCACUGGAUUUUUAUUUUUUUCAUUUUAGAAAAUUUCACAGGGCUGGAUAUCAGACUUCUCACAAGCAAAGUUUUGCUAAUAAAUACCCAGUUUCCCUUGAUUUCUCUUUCUUCCUUCUGCACCCCCAGGAAAGCUAAUCCAGAUGGUUGGGAGGCCUUCCAGAACAAAUGGGAGGUGGUGCUGGGGGCUGCAGGAAGAAUAGGGAAUCAGUGAAAAUUGCUUUCUCUCCCCCACCCCCUUCCAUAUGCAGGCAGUCUACUGUAUUGCAGUCCUAUCUACAAACAGAAGACCUUUCAUUCAUGGAAAACCAUGUCUGGAUCCAUCCCAUAGUUUAUUAAUCUUCUCAAAUACUUUUUUACACCUCUGACUGUGGAAUAGUGCAUUAAAAUGAAUUAAUGAAUGAUUUACAUUUUCUAGUUUAUUUUAGUUGUUAAUCUCUCCCCACGCCCUCAAAACACGUGAGCCACCAAAUCAGAUAUACCCGGUAGUUCAUUAACUAUGUAUCAUGCUGUUAUAAGGUGUAACUGUUGCCUGUGAUUUUUGCAAACUGUCCAUAAUCUUUGUCUCUAAGGUAAGCAUAAAAUCUAACACAUUUUAUCUUCUAGGUUCAAGUCUCAAUGUCAUUUGAUGGUCAAUCCGCUGUUGAAGUCAAUCCCCAAACAAACAUGGAAGACUUAAAGGCUUUCACAUCUUUGAGUUUAUACAUGAUGCUUCAUAAGGACAAUGCAGAGCGGACAACACCUCAGGAUCAGUUUAUUCUGUAUCUAGGAAAUAAAAAUGUAAGCAUCAUUUAAUUGUUCUCAUAGAAAAUGCACUGUUUUAUGAAUUGUGUGAUUUAGCAUUUUUCAUAAGUAUGGUUCUAUUUUUUAAUGAGAUUUUCAUAACAGCAUGAACAAAAUUAUUGAUUUUUCAAACAUCCUGUGAACAGAUUCUCUUUCCAUAUUCUUCAUUGUGCUCUCCAGUCUCUCCAAAUAGCAAAUUACAUCAUCUACUAUGGUGUGAUACUGAGCUUCCACAUUUCCAAUCAACUCUCCACAGACAUUGAAUAUAUUGAGGAAAUGACUCCACUUUAGCUUUUAAGGUUCACAUUCAAUGAGCAGUAGAUUGCUUGCAGUAUAUACAUCAAGUGCUCCAGUUCAAAGAUAAAGAGUGCUUAUUUGCCUAUUGACUGUAAGAGUUUGUGGUUUUCCUAGCAAACAGUAAUGGCCUCCCUUGUGCCCCCAGAAAUCUUGUAGUCACAUUCAGUAGCAAAAGAUGUCCUAAAGGCUGCAUUACAAAUUCAUAAUAGACAGCUCUGAAUACUAUGCUGAACCAAAUGUGUUGUCUGUAGCAUAUCUUGAAACCAUUGUGACUGUCUAUUUUUCAUUCCUUCUCUAGACAAAAAAUUACCUGGGUCUUGCAAUUAAGAAUGACAACUUAGUAUACAUUUAUAAUUUGGGUAGCGGUGAUGUGGAGAUACCGCUAGACUCCAAGCCAGUCAGCUCCUGGCCUGCCUACUUCAGCCUUGUUAAAAUAGAGAGGUAAUAUGAUCUUGACCUGCUACAUGUUUAAUGUGGUUGGAUGGGUUGAAUAGAAUGGAGAUGAAAUGGGAAACAUUGUUUUAAAAAAACUUACAUUGUGGAGUAAUGCUUAAAGGUGUUAAUUGUACCUUUUGAACAAACUGAUAAGAUGACAACCACCCCUUAAUUAUCAUCAGCACUUACUGCUUCAGUACAACAGUCCCCAGGGGAGGAGAAAGAAUGUAAGUUUGGAAAAGUUUCCAUUCCUUUUUCUGAUCACCAUAUAUGCUAAAAAGUGGGGGGGAAACAUUCAUCCUGAUUUGCUUGCGGCUUGUAUAAGCACCUUCCCUUUAAUUCAUUCAUUCAUCCAAUACUUUUCAAUGCAUCACCAUUACCAGUCCUAGCCUGGCCUGAUCUUAAUAUCUGUUCCAAAGAGAUUGAAGUCUUGUUUGCAUAAACCAGAUUCAGACUUUAACUCAUGUUUGUUAACAUAGUUUGCUACAUCCACAACCCACUAUCCCAAGAUUACACCCCUUGUCUAUAUGUACAUCAAUGGUGAGGGUGCUAACCAUCUUGCGUCAUUGAGAGAUUAAUUGUGUUCCUUUGUGUCCUGUGGCAACCCAGAAGUACCAGAAUGGGUUACUUCCAGGUUUUGCCGCAUGCGCAGAAGUGCUAAAUCAUGCUUUGCGCAUGUGCAGAAGCGCCAAAUCGCACCACGCAGAUGCAGUGCUUCAAGUUGCAGGCUUUUCACUUUACGGACAGGCCUCCGGAACGAAUCCUCUCCACUGUAGUUAAAACCACUAAUCUCGCUGCAGAUUGAUUCUUUCUUUUUUUGUCUCAUAAGCAGCUUGGAGGUUGAAUUGAGUUUUCAAGUGUUAGGCUUACUCAUAAUAUCUGAGAGGAAGACCACUUCUGAAUAUUCUGAAAUGAUUUUUCUACCUAUAGAACUACAGCUCUUCAUUUCCAAAGAAACAAAAUUGAACAAGAACAUGAUCUAGAAUCUGUAGUUUAGUUCUUCCUUUCGAAGUCUAGAAUUUCAGACAACUGUUGCUUUUGCUGCUGACUUCAAAAAUAUUAACUUAAACUUUACUUUUUGUUUUUGAUUGUUUAACAAGUCUUUUGUAAUUCAGCUAGCGAAUAUGACCUUGGGUCCAAUUUCUCACCCUACUCUUCUUCAAUAGGAUUGGGAAGCAUGGCAAAGUGUUUCUAACUGUACCAAGUCUUAGCAGCACAGCUGAGGAAAAGUUCAUCAAAAAAGGAGAAGUCCCAGGUGAUGAUGCGCUGUUGAAUCUGGAACCUAAAAAUACAGUUUUCUAUGUUGGUGGAGUGCCUCCAGAUUUUAAGGUAAGCAGAACAGGAUGGAAUAAUUAUUAAGUUGGCACCUUUAUCUUGGAAAUACCUUUGUAGACAGCUGGUUUGUAAUGUAUUAAACAAAUAAGAUUUUUAUGUUGUCACCUAAGUCUACCUUACAAAAAGCCUUUUUACAGAUGCAGAUUGGCUCACUAUCUCAUUUGGCAUUGACUUGAACACAAUCUAUUUUGCUUCCUUCUCUCUACAGCUCCCUCCAAGCUUGGCUCUGCCUGGAUUCACAGGCUGUUUGGAGCUUGCAACUCUGAAUGAUGAUGUCAUCAGUUUGUACAAUUUCAAAAAUAUCUAUAACGUCACUAAAUCAGUACCCUGUGCCAGGUAAGGUGAACUGUAUUCACUCUACUUCUCAUGAUGGAAUAGAUUUAGCUAUAUUGCAUUUAGCCUAGUGGCCUGGUCACACGUGUAUCUACUUGGCUUGAUUGCGCAUUGCAAGUUAGCAGGCAUUAAUGUGUACCUCUCAUCAGCCAUUAGUUCAGUCGACUCACUUCCUGUCCAGCAUUUCUGAGACACCUGUCUAUAUAAAUAGGAACAUGGGCACCCACCUUAUACUGAGUCAAACCAUUGGCCCAUCUUGCUCAGUAACUGACUAGCAAAGGAUCUCCAGGGGUUUCAGGCAGGGAACAUUCCCACUACUACCGGGAGAUGCUAGGAUAGAACUUGGGACUUUAUGCAUGCAAACUAGAUGCUCUACCACUGAGCUACAGCCUUUCCUCUGAUGAUACCUGUACUACAUUAGCCUUAUUUUACAAAAAUAAAAAAUAAAAAUCAUAUACAGCCCCCUCAGUUGAUCAUACUGAUUUCUUAACUCCCUUGCCCACUUCACACGUUUGCAGAUUAGUACAACAAAACGUGCAAGCAAAAAUAAUACAAACACUCCCAGGAAAUUUUACAUAAGGUAGCACUUUAAGUAAACAGUUUUACUGAAUAAUAAUGCCUUGGCAUUGACUAUAUUUCAUUCAGGCCAACAACCUCGUUUCCAGAGUUCCCCUUUCAGUAUUGCUUCGAUAAUAAUCUUUCUAGGUUGGAGAAUGUAGGCCUUCAGGCUUCUGAUUUUUCUUCGCCUCUUUUCCUGUCCACCCUAGGAAUAAGCUGGCCUUUACACAGAGCCGGGCUGUGAACUAUUUCUUUGAUGGCUCUGGCUAUGCUUUGGUGAGGAAUAUUGAGAGAAGAGGGAGGUUUGGCUUGGUGACACGCUUUGAUGUGGAAGUUCGGACACCAACAGAUAAUGGACUUCUCCUCCUGAUGGUUAAUGGAGUAAGUGAAAUGAAAAGAAAAGAAAAAUCCCUAAAAGUCUUAUUUUUCAUUUUACUGAUCCCUAGUUUCCAAUUCCUAGUUUCCAAUAAAAAUCAUAGUGGGGUCAUCCUUGGUCUUGGCAUUUUUCUGGUAGACUCAUAGAAAAACUAAAGAUUGAAGAUAUUAACAUGCCUACAACCAUUAGUUCCUCUGACUGAGAGGUCAUCUAAGCAAAGAGAAACUUGUUUAAGAACAUAAAUAGAUGGUUGUUGUGAGUAGAAAAGCACAUCCACUUGUGCAAGAUUGUCUCCUUCUAUUGCAGUACCUACACCCAACAUUAUGCUGUUCCAAAAGAUGGGUGAAGUGGACAGGAGAGGGUGUUGUUGCAUAAAGGGAACUACGCUCGUGCCUCACUUACAGCUAUAAAUUUAAAGUAAUAGGCAGUUGUGCCAUAUAUUGACAAACAAUUUGUGAAACCUUAUAAAUACCUGAAAUACAAAUCCUCUCAGAUAAAUCUCACUGGUUUUGUGUGUCUGUUGUGCAGAGUAUGUUCUUCAGCCUAGAGAUGCAGAAUGGGUACCUGUAUCUACAGUAUGACUUUGGCUUCCCCGGUGGCCCUAUGAUUCUCGACGAUCAUUUGAAGAAAGCUCUGAUUAAUGAUGCAAAAUUCCACGAGGUAUAUUGUUGUUGACUUUCUGAAAUUUGCUUUUAUUUUAUUUUUUUAAUAGUUACUGUAUCGUCUUAGUAUUAUUAUCACUAUAGUGAUUAUUAUCACUAUAGUUAUCUCCCUUAGGUGCUUUACACAGAAAGACAAGGUGUAAUAAUAAGAAAUAAGUAAAUAACUAUAGAUUAUUGAGCAAAAUAAUGCAACAUAUUAUAUUAAGUACCAAAAACCUUUAUUGAGUGGGAAAUAACACAGUUUCCAAGAACAGGUUGAGUGAAGUGGCAACAAACUCUCUGAAAGACAUGGUGACAAUGAAACUGCAAACUGAGUAUGUCUUCUUAACUACAGUUGCCAGGUAAGAACCGAGUAAGAACUCUGAGCCUUGUUUCUUUAGAAAUAGGAUCUUCUGAACACAAAACAUACGGUAUGCUUUAACCACUGCCCGAAUGGGCCCUCUCCAGUCCACCAAAGUUACUAAGUAUAUCUGCAAAACAAUUACAAAUUAACAGUAAACAGACAAUAAAGUGUCUUUCUCUCUUUUAAAAGUCCUCUUAUUUUACAAAUUUUUAAUGCAUCUUUCUAAAAUGUAGUUAUGUACUAUAUUUACUGUGGUUUUUAACUCCCUUUUUUUCAAAUUUCAGAUAUCUGUUAUAUACCACAAUUCCAAGAAAAUGAUCUUGUUGGUGGAUAGGAGACAUAUCAGAAGUGUGGAAAACGAGAAGCAAAGCAUGCCCUUUACUGAUAUCUAUAUAGGAGGGGCUCCUCCUGAGAUUUUAAAAUCUAGGUUGGUUUAUAAUCCACAUUCAAUCACCAUUAAGGCUUCAGUAAUUUCUCAUUUUAUAUGUUGCAAUGAAUUUACUGCACCCACAUUGCUAAAUUAAAACAUGUAACCCUGUGGGGAAAAGUUUUUAUCCAAUAGGACAAAUUAUAUAUGUAGGCAUAUUGUUUUGCAAACAUUGUAUAUUUCAUUAUUUAUUUAAAAUAUUUAUACCCUGCCUUUUGGAGCAAGCCCUCACAAAGUGGUUUACAAUUUGGAAAAAAGCAAGAAAGAAUAAACCUAAGAUAUAGCAGUGCUAUUAGCAGUGCUAUUUUCUAGAAAAAGAGGUGCCAGAACUCACCUUAUUCUCUUAGAAGGGCAAUGGUACCCACCUGAAAGGUGCCUGAACCCACCUAAGAGAUGCUGUAACUGAGUUCCAGCUGAAAAAAGCCCUGAUUAAAAGCAUAUAAAAUGGGCCAGCAAUAAGACUACAAGAAAGCUUAGUAAAAAAAAAAAGAAUAGUAUUUGGGGUCUGUUAAAAGGCCACAAGAGGCAGGGUUCUGAAGAUUUCAGGGAAAGGAAUUCUGCAGGUAUGGGACCACCACUGAAAAUGCCCUGUCACUGAUACUUACCAACCUGCUUGCCCUUAGUGAGAGGCCAGGCAAGUGCUUGCUGGCACCAUCAUAAUAGGAACAAUUGCUAUUUCCAGAUACAUCACCGCAGCAUUUAAGGCAUGUUGAUAGAGUAGGACUAGUGAUUAUCUUACUGCAUUUCAGCCUUGAUAGACUUCCCUAAGACAAUUAAUGUUCUACAAUGUUCCAAUGAGUUUAACGAAACUGCGGGAGGCAGUGGAAGACAGGAGUGCCUGGCGUGCUCUGGUCCAUGGGGUCACGAAGAGUUGGACAUUACUAAACGACUAAACAACAACAACAGUGUUCCAAUGUGGUGUAUCUAACCAGCAAGAUGUUCUCUGGCAGGAACUGAGAUGAGAAUGGAAAGGUGAUUGGAGGGAGGGGAAAGUAAUAAAAGUGCUCUCCCCUUUUGACCAUCGACCAUCCUGCAAGUGGCAAUGGACUACUCCCUGCAUCAAACCACUGCUUACAUCUCAGACAGAACCUUGUAGAAUGGACAUUCCUCACACAAUAUUUCUGUACCUAUGACUGUGCAUGCUGUGGUUUUGUGUAAGUAGUUAACUGGUUCCCUCUGAAUAAACAUUGUGUCUUCACAGUAGUAUGAGCUCACAUCUAGCCACCGCCACAGGCUUUAGAGGCUGCAUGAAAGGCUUCCAGUUCCAAAAGAAGGACUUCAACUUGUUAGAGGAACCAGGAACUCUAGGAAUUGGCUAUGGAUGCCCAGAAGAAUCACUUGUAAGUAUGAUACACAGAUCUUCUGUUUGUGUUUUUCAACAUUUAUAUAUUCUGAUAUUUUCCCCUAUCUCUACUGAGUUUUUCCUCAGUUUUUAAAGUGCAAAGCAUUAUUAUUUUUCUCCCCAUCUGCUUAUGAUACUUAGGGGGUAGGAACAGAUGAUGUUCUCCAAACAAUACACACAAAAAAAAUAAAUUACAUUCUUUUAGAGUACAGAAAUGGAAAUGUAGUGCUCCUUAUGUUAUGGAAUGUGGAAAGUAAAUUUGAAUUUGAAAAAACCCCAGUGUGGUAGGCCUCCAACAGUAUGCACCCACUAAGAAAUCUGAAAGCUUAAAAAAUCUUUCUAGGCUUACUUCAGAAGACAUAUUUUAAACUAGCUUUUAAUCUUCAGAUUCGCAUACUUGGCAUAAACAAGUAAAGUACAAAAAUGUAUGAUGCCAAACAGCAGAAUUUCAGCUGCAUAAUUUUGAUGAAACCAGAGGAGCCCCUUAUGUAAAAAUGUUUUGUGGCCUCAGAAAGGGAAGACACACAAACCAUAAAGCAAAAUACAAAACUGAACAUAAAUAUGAGGGCAAUUUCUCUCCAUCAAGUAAAAUUUCAGUCCCAAACAACUGACUUGUAGAAUUAUGAGUUGCAUCUAAUAUUAGUCCCACACAGUGCAGACCCACUGAAAUGAAUGGACAUGACUAACUAAGGUUCAUUAAUUUCAAUAGGUCUAAGGCUAAGAAGUAAACCCUACACAAAUCUAGAGUGGAGUCCCUAAGACGGUUAUAUGCCUCCUUCCAGCAACUCCUGCAGCCAAGCUGGUGCCAAAUAUAUUCUGCUUUCAUUUGGACCACAACAGCAAGGCUGAGAGGGGGGGGUCUUGUCGUCUGGGCGUCCCAGGACCGCCCUACUCACAGCUUAGGGAAGUCAUUCUAGUGCUGCUAACACAGCAGUUUGACUUCAUCCCCAGCGGCACGCUCCAUUGUCUCUUGAGAUGGGAGGAUACCAGCAACAACCCUAUGGGCAGGAUUCAACUAAUGAGUCCCAACAGCAGGUGCCCUGUGCAAGAACUAACACAAUAGCUCUUAAAGGUCCCAGCCUUCUCCAGUAGUCUCCUGGAGCCUUGGGCAUUUUGCAAUCAGAAAACAGCAGUGCCACAUCCUGGGGGUGGGGGUGUCCUGCACUGGCAGGUUUAUCUGAGAGUGCUUCUUGCGCUGGCAUGUGUGGCCUUCCAGUUCUGCUUCGGAGCCCUUGCUUUCAUCCCUGACAAUGGGGGAUCUAUUUCCAGGCCAUAACACAGAGGUUCCAAGAGGGGUAGAGUAUCAUCCAAACAGUCCCUUUCUUCCACUUGAGACACAAUUCAUGAAGUACUGUUCAACAGCACUUAAAAGUGAGCUGUUCCCAUGUAAUAAGUGUUUGCAAUAUCCUAUCGCAAUGACAUGUGAAACACAGGGGUUGCUGGACUUUUAUGAACAUGAAAACUUACACACCUGUGGCCUGCAUAUUCUGUUUCUUCUAUUGUUAUUUUAAAAAAAAAAAUCUACAACUACCUCUGUUCUGUUUGUUUGGUGAGCAGAUGUCCCGCAAAGCAUAUUUCAAUGGAGAAAGCUACAUUGCAUCCAGCCAGAAAAUCUCCCCCUUUAAUGGAUUUGAAGGUGGCUUUAAUUUCCGAACUUUACAGCCUAAUGGACUGCUCUUCUAUUGCAGUGAAGGAGUAAGUAGAGUUUCCCCAUUAAAUAUAAUAAAAACCUGUGUUGUUUUUAAAGAAAAUGUUGUUUCUAAAUAGCUUUGUCAGUAGAUAUAUUUCAGGGCAGCCUAUGGGCUGAAUGGCAGUGGCAAUGACCCAGAGAAACUUGGUCAAAAUAAAGUCCCAUUGAGAUUAGUGGAACAUUAUUCUUAUUUCAGUGGACCUCAGUGCAACCAGCUUUUGCUAAAUUGGGGCCAAAGUAUUAAAUUCUCCCUGAGACCUGACAGUAAGUGCAAAUGUGAAUGUCCUGUACAUACAACCGUAGUUUAACUUUGGAUGGAAUUUAUUUGUGGUCAGUAAAUAACACCACUUUCAGACUUUUAAAUGGUGGUGUUAAAAAAUAAAUAAUCAAAGUGUGCAUAGGUCUGGGCAACUGAUGCUAAAAAAUCAGCUGAUCACCCAGAAGCCCAGUUCUAUGUGUGAAUUUCUUUGAGUAACUUUUCACAACUUCCUGGAAACUACCUUGCACAUUCAGAUUCAGUUAGAAGAUUUAGCAUAAUAGUUGUUCAAAGGGGAAAUGGCACCAGUCCAGAUGAAUUUGUUUAUUUUAAACAUUUACAUCGAGCUGCCUUUCCAAGGCAACUUACAUAAAACACAAUGAGCAGGUUAAACAAGACAUAUCAAGCCAUAAUAAAAAAAAAUGCAUCAACGAAUUUACAGCAGUGGGUGACAAAUCAGCUGCAAAAGGCACUCUGGAAUAAAUAGGUAUUGCAUCAUUUAUGAAGAAGCAGAGUAGAAAGUGCAAUUUCAACCCCCCUCUGAAAUGUCAAUCCAGAGCCCUGGGACAAUUGCAUUAAAGGAGCCACUCCUUGUUGCAGAGGCGGCCCUUCUCCUACCAAAGGACCCUUUCUGUUCUGCCUAAUUCUCAACAUGGUACAUCUGAACAGCAGUUGUGAAUCUCUGAAAGACUGUUAGGGUGGGGGGAGUGUGAGCACAUAUGCAGAACUUUUAGGUCCUUUUGGAUCCCAGCCAAGAAAAUGACCUCAUUUCUUUCUCCACCCCACCCUCGCCAUCUUUUUAAAAAAUGCUAUGAUAGGGAAAAUGCUUAAGCACUUAGAGACAAAACAGGUGUGUUUACAACAUGAGGUUUUUUAACCCCACAAUGCAUUCACACACAUCACAUCCCAUCCGUUUUGGUUCUAUCUCAGUACGCUUACUUUGCUCAACUACAUUACAAGAAUUAUUACUAACCGUUCCUUGACUUGUGGGUCUAAUGUUUUUCUCUGUGUUUCAGUCAGAUGUAUUCUCUAUUUCCUUGGAGAAGGGAGCUGUUGUUUUAAAUGCUAAAGGAGUCAAAGUUCAGGCAGGAGAAAGAUCUUAUAAUGAUGGCAAAGCCCAUUUUGUCAUUACAUCCGCCUCACCAGAAAGGUAAAACUAUUAAAAAAACUAUUUUUGUUUCGAUACACAUCUUAUUACACUCACAGUUCAUUACUCCACUUGGAUAUAUUUAUUAUAAUACAAAAUGCACACUAAUACAUUCCACACUAAUAUCUUCUUUAAGAAGGUCAGCAUGGAAUAGAUGUAUCCCAAAACUAGUAGGAACACCCCAGCUCAGCAGAAGAGUAUUACAGUAUUUUUAUUUAACACAAUUAAUAAAAAGCUCAGGUCCAGGGUACCGUUGGCCCUCCAGAUGUUGCUGAACUAUAACUCCCAUGAUCCCUGGACAUAUGCCCAUGUUUGCCGAGCUGAUAGGACUUGUAGUUCAGCAAUAUGUGGAGGCCCAUAGGCACCUGCAAUAGGUCAAUAUUCUGAAUAUGCAGCAUAGGUAUUAAAUGCCUGGUAUAUCUUUGCGACAUUGAAACUGGCAAGAUGCUGUGUGGCAGUCCUGCCAUGUUAGAUCUGUUUCCACAACAGCAGCCCAGUGGUCACACACAAAGAUUGAAAAAUCAGUACGAAAGGAAUGAGUGGGGGCAUGGCAUCUGCAUGCUUUUUAUUCAGCCAUAUCAAAACAAUGUCACUCACAUCCCUGCCACAUGAAAUAUUAUAAAAACUCAAUGGCUUUUCAAUUUCUGCAUUUCCUUUGUCUGUGAUGCUGCUGUAAGCAUAGUGUUAUAGUUAGGAUUGCACUGUGACAAUGAUUUACAGUGCAAUCCCACCUAUCUCUACUCAGAAGUAAGUCCAACUAAAUUCAGCGAGGCUUGCUCCCAGGUAUUGCAGUUAAGAUGUUUGUGACUUCAGUAUUUCCAGGGGUUUUACCGAGCUGCCUCUCAUUUCUGAGCACACUCGUGGUUUGAUGGUGCCACCUAGUGACUCGUUCAUCAAGUUCAACAUCAUCGAAAUGGCUACGUUGCUUGGGUAAUAUAUAUUAUCACAUGCUGAAUUUAAAAGACUCCGUGUAAGACGCAUUAUUUUGUUCUGCAGACUUGAGCUUUUGGUAGAUGAAGAAAAGAAAAGUGUAGAUAAUUCAGCUUAUGAAAGUGAGGAAAAGCCAGUGAGCACCAAGAAAUUCUACUUUGGUGGAUCUCCCAUCACUACUGAGUUUGCCAACUUCACCGGGUGUAUAAGCAACGCUUAUUUCACAAGGCAAGUGCAUUUCAACUUGUAUAUUUAGCUACUUGAUGCAUUUCUAUACCACCGUUAAUCCAUCCUGGGGCAGUUUAAAACAAAAAUAAAAGCAAUUAUAGCACAAUAAUAACAAAUUAAAACACCAUACCAUGAACCACCAGUAUUUCUCCAGCAUUUGCGUAUGUCAAUUACAGCUGGUCUCACCUCAUAGCCUAGUAUAUUCUAAUGGCCUAUGAUGACACUGAAACCCCAUUACAGUGGUACCUCAGGUUAAGUACUUAAUUCGUUCCGGAGGUCCGUACUUAACCUGAAAUUGUUCUUAACCUGAAGCACCACUUUAGCUAAUGGGGCCUCCUGCUGCUGCCACGCCGCCAGAGCACGAUUUCUGUUCUCAACCUGAAGCAAAGUACUUAACCUGAGGUAAUAUUUCUGGGUUAGCGGAGUCUGUAACCUGAAGCGUAUGUAACCUGAGAUACCACUGUAAUUAAUACUCUAUGUACCUCCAAGGCUAGAGAGUUGCAUAAUAGAGAGCGCCACUACAAAAAAACCUCCAUGUCUUGCAUCACAGUGAGCCAAGCUCAUUGGUGGGAUGAUGAAAAGGGGCACCCCUAUAGAUAGCAGCCCGGGCAAGCUGGUAUAGAGAUGUUCCUUCAACUAUUUGGGUCCCGAACUCCUCCUGAUGGAUAUAUGGUUAUUCUUCAUCUUAUCAAUUUUUUAUGUGUCAUGAAAAACAUAUUUUCUGCUUCAAGUCUUUGGGAGACCUAAUGGGCUGUCUUUUCCCGGGACUGCAUUGGUUUUGUUUGUUUUGAUACGCGUUGACUCCAUGGUUGUGUGAUAUGUUGAUAUGUAGUAUUUCCAUGUAAGGGUAUGUACUGCUCUGAUAACUAUUGAGUACAACCCCGGGGCAUCAUAGCUACAGAGGUGCAAAGAGCAGUUUCUGCCACAGAAGCUAAAGUAAUGUCAUCUGCUAAGAAACAAGAUAAGAGAACAACAGUUACCCACUUGUUGUCAAACCUGCUUCAGAUUCAGAUUACUGCCUUAAGGCAAAGGAGCAAGGAUCUAGGACCGCCCUGUAUACCCCAUGCAAGGAGCCAGGAGUUGUGUUGCACGGAAGAGAGAAAAAUCAGAUUCACCUGUGUCAAUGGCAGCUUCUGCUGCAUAGGCUUUCUGAGGAUGUGAUCAUGUCUUUUGAUAAUAGAAUUUGGAUCUUGAUACAUCUUUUGAGUAAUAGGAUAACUAAAACAGAAUAAAUGAACCUGUUUUUCCUGGCAAUGUUUUCAGUGUUAAUGUCAUUGCUGAAACCAGGCUCAAAGGAUUGAGCAGUUAUCCUCUUAAUAUUGGCCAUUUUACCUACUGCUGUGUUUAAAUUGUUUGGUACCCACCAAGAGCCUUCUAGGAUGGGACAGGAUUUUAAAAUGUAAUGAGUGCAUUAAAAUAUAUGCUACUGAGAUAAGCUGCUGGAAUACUUCAAUAAGGUCAAUUGUUGAUUGCCUGCAGUUUUAAAAGGUUAGCAAAGUCUCCGAUCUACAACCAUACACUCUUCUGUUUCUGCUUUUCCCUUGAGGAUGAAAGGCGAUCUAGAUCAUAUAUCCCAUUUAUAUUUCCAUUUGCAGUCAUUUACACACUAACAAACAGACAUACAGCCACUCAGUUUGAAAUAUAAUACAAAAAUUAUAUGAAUGAUGCAGCAAAGGUUGGCUGUAAGUGCAGCAAAAAAAAGUGGCAAAGGGCUGAGUUUCCAUGAAUCUAUUCCAUGAGCGUGUAGUUCUUACAGACAUGGAAUUUUUUUAAAUUUCUAGCUGUUGUUUGUUUUUGAGGGCAGGAAGAAAAUCCCUACAAGCACAAUCAUAGUGGAUUGUUAGGAAUAACAACUUUAUCUUUUAAAAAACCCACACAGAUUGGAUCAAGACGUUGAGGUGGAAGACUUCCAGCGGUAUCCUGAGAAAAUACAAGCAUCCUUAUAUGGAUGUCCUGUUGAAUCUCCUCCUGCUGCCCUUUUCCAUAAGAAAAGAAAGAAUUCCUCCAAACCCAAAGGAAGCCAAAAGAAAAGGGUGAGCUGCUCCAGACUUACAACUGCUCAUGGUGCUUUCAGACCAGGGAUUGGGGGUAGGGGACCCAAGUUCCCUUCAACACUGGCUCUCAAUGAUGUCUUGGAAGGAACAAAGACUUUGAACACCAUUGAAUGUUGGACUUGCAAAAUACUAGUUCAUUUAGGGGAAAGUAUUGGUGUCCCCAAACUGUGGCCUGAGGACCACCAGAAGUCUGCAUGCUUCAUUCAGCUGGCCCACAGCAUGUCUGUGAAGAAAGGCAAGCACAGCAGCUGUAGAACCUGGCAGUCUGGUCUAUCCUGAAGGUGACCAGGGCAAAACAGAAUUGAGGAGGGGAAGAGGCACUUGAAAGGGGUGGAGAGGAUUAGCAGCACAAAAGACAGAGCAGCAAGAAGAAAAAGGCAGCAACUUGAAAGGAGUGGAAAGGGUUCUAUGGAAUUCAAAUUGUUAUACAAUUUGUACGAAAUAAAAGAAGCAUUAAAAUGCAAUUAAAAAUCAUAUAGCAUCUAGCACCACACAUUACAAUUGCUACAACAGGCAGAAAACCAAUGGCCCAAAAAGAAAAAGGUUUGGGAACUACUGGUGUAGUUGAUAAGUGUAAAGGUUGCCUGGUUUUCCAGGGAUGAGCCUGUGUAUUCCUGUUCUCAGUGCCAAAUCUGGAGUGGGGUACGUGACCUUGACUGUUUCCCUUUAAGGAAAAGAAAUCAAGGAACCCAUCAAAUGUGAUGGACCGCAGAUCUGUUUUGUCUGCUGCAAUCAUAUAUAAAGAAGGAAACAUGGGUGAGGACAGCUGGAGUCUUUCCACAUCCUGUAGUGUCUCUCUCCAAGGGCUUUAAAUAAAUCGGUAGCUGUUUUUACCAUGGGCCUGUGCAGUUUGAUUAGAGCUGAUUUAUAUUAGCACUAUAGUGAAGAUUAGAUCUGAUAAUCUGAAGUAACAUCUAGAAGUAGACAGAAGAUUGUACCAACUCUGCAGCAAUUGUUGUUGUUGUUAUUUAUUAUUAUUAUUAUUUAUUUGUAUGAAGGUUGGAAAGGACAACAUAGCAGCCUCACAAUUUUCAGCAAACAUUAAAAGAAAAGGUCAAGAAGAGAUCGCUCAAGGGGACCCACAUUGUCACUUCCUCAGCAGCCCCAAAGCAACUGAGCAUACAUAUCUGUUUGGAGGAACAGCAAAUAGCCGGCAAGAAUUUGAUUACUUACCAAAGGAUUUCAAUGAAAGGUACAGUCAGCUAAGCAUACACUUGUAAUAUUACAUAUAAAUGCCGAUAAGCAUUUUUACAAAAUGGAAGGAAUAAAAACUAAACUAACUAAAGUAAUUUUUGACAUUUCACAACUAUUUUUCCUUGUAUGCAUAUUCCCACCAAGUUGUGCAAGGCAGGUUGUUCACCAAUUUCCGUUCACAUAUUAAAGUGCCGUUUUUGUUUGACAGAUCUCAGUUUUCCAUUAGCCUGAAGACUCACUCAUCCCAUGGAAUGAUCUUCUAUGUCUCUGAUCAAGAGGAGGAAAAUUUCAUGGCCCUUUUUAUUGCCCACGGCCGUCUGGUUUUUAUGUUCAACAGUGGCUACCGGAAAUUAAGAAUUAGAAGCCAGGAGAAGUACAAUGAUGACCAAUGGCACAAUGUAAGUGGGAAGAGAAAAGAUUAUGAUGUGCUUUAGAAAAGUGCUAUUCCAAAGAAACAUAAAAUCUGUCUGUCAAAACAUUUGGGAUUUAUUGCAAUAAAAUGCCAGGCUCCCACUUGAGAAGUGGAUGAAGAGUUUCUAGAGUAGUGGAACAAAUCAAACAGUCUCCUCUAAAAUACAUAUGAUGCUAUACAAUUCUAUAUUAUAUACUAGUCUCUGUAUGCUAAUGUUGACUUCACCUCUGCCUUUUUUUAGGUAAUGUUUGUUCGGGAGAAAAAUAUUGGCCGCUUGACAAUUGAUGGUCUCCGGGUACUUGAAGACAGUCUUCCUUCUUUUGAUAAAGCAUGGCAAGUUGCUAGACCCUUUUACGUAGGGGGUGUGGCACCAGGAAAAGCUGCCAAAAAUAUCCAGGUAAAAGUAUUUUUCUACAACAAAGCCUGCAUAUAUUAAGAUCCAGAGCAACAUUUAUAACAUGGGAACUAACUGGACAGAAAUGUUUUAAAGCUCUGCAUCUACUGGAGACAAUUUGCAAUGAAUCAGAAUAUAUCCUGCAUUUGAAUCUGUUAGCACUAGUAUAUUCUGGAUUCAUUGGCAAUGAUCUCAUUCCAAACUUCCUACAUCAAAUGAGAUUAGACUAGAACCUCCAGUUAUAUGAUUAGAAAAUAACUUAGGCUGCUUUGACACUAACAAAAAGAACCAAGCAGACUGUGAGAAUCAUAGGCCAUUUCAUUAUUACUCCCACUAUUCUUUUUGGCCUUAAAUUGCUUUUUUGAAAAAGUAUCCAUAAACAAUUGUACACCUAAGCAAAUAGAAAAGCCAAAGGCUUUACUAUUUUGUUUAAUCUGUUUUGUUUUAUCAGAUCAACUCCGUCUACAGUUUUAGUGGUUGUCUCGGCAGUUUACAGCUCAAUGGAAGACCAGUCAGUUCUCCUUCACAAACUUUUAGCGUAACUCCUUGUUUUGAAGGCCUAUCAGAAGAAGGAACAUAUUUUUCAUCAGAAGGAGGAUACAUUAUACUUGGUAAUGUAUUACUAACCAUUGACUAUUCCAUCAGACUGAUGCCUGAAUUGAUACCAGUUGCCUAGUGAAGGGGGGGGUAGACAUAAUUAAAUUGAAAUGAAACCGUUAUUUGAAAAUUAUGCUGGGUGCCAUGUAGCCUUAUUAGCAUACAGUAGAAUCAUUUGCUCUCCAGAUAACCUGACUCAUUGGAGGAAGAGAUUCCAGUCAUUUCAGUGGCAGCACUAGUGGGCAUUGAUCAAGUCCAGCCAUUAGUCUUUGGCUUUACUGUAGCAAAGGAACUGCGGAUGUCACCAUCAAUGCCACAAAUUAUAAAUUCAUAAAUAGUGCCUAGUGGUUGCUCACCUAAAAACGGAUAAGCAUGGAGCCAUGCCCUCUUACAAAACCAGCACAUUGCUCAAGUGGCAAUGGACUGAAAUUCUGCUAAUAUACAUAAUAUAUAGUAUACCCAUUGAUACCCACUGAAAUGAAUGGUCAUAACUUUAGCCAUGAUACUGGCUUAAGUUUACUGGAUACCACCAAAUACAAAUUCAGGCAAAAUAUUUAAAGCAAGGAUUGAAGAGUAUGGCUCUUAAUCAUCAUUCCUUGAGGCUAUCAAGGGAGGGGGGCUCAUAUUCCCAAGAUGAAAAAUAUUUAAGAAAUAUACGUACACAGUUGGAAGCCAUAGUUAAUCUUUAUGUCCUGCAGCAGGUGACUAUUUUUUUCCAGUUAACUCUGGUGCAAAAAAACACACCACACAAAAUCAUUCUGUGAUUUGUCAUGAUUUUCUCCUACAGAUGAAUCCUUCAGUUUGGGGCUGAAAUUUGAAGUUAUUUUUGAAAUCCGUCCUCGAAGCAGUUCAGGAAUCCUGAUGCAUGCACACAGUAUAAAUGGAGAAUUCCUGAAUGUACACAUGAAACAAGGGCAGGUAUGAAGGAGGACUAAUAUUUCCCUUUACAUUCUUAUAUGCAGGCCUUUCCGAAUGCUCAUUAUGUACAAACCAAAAUUCGCUCUUAAUAGCAACAGGUUCUACAUUCUCAAAAAGGGGAUCCCAUUUACCCAUAAAAGACACAAUAUACACUAGUUGUAGUUCUUCUGUUUCAGGUGCAUUAAGAGUCCACGCAAUAAAAAAAAACUUCCAUUGUAACAUCAAUUUUUAAAAACACUGUCAAGAUGAAGGGGGGAAAUAUUUGACAUUUUUGUGUUGCUGCCUUAAAAAUUCAAAAUUUACAGCUGCUACCUAAGAACACAGGAAGAGCUCUGCUGGAUCAGACCAAGGACCUAUCUAGUCCAGCAUCCUGUUUUCAUGGUGGACAAGCAAAUGCCUGUGGGAAACCCUCAAGCAAGAUCCAAGCACACAAGCACUCUCCCCUUCUGUGGUCUCCAGUGACUGCUAAGAGACUGCAGGUUAGGAGUUUUGCAGUUAAGCUGCAAUCCUAACCCCCCUUAUCUGGGUGUAAGCCCCACUGAAUUCAGUGGGACUCACUUCUGAGUAGAUGUCGUUGGGAAUGCAGCCCUAGUUAAUUUUAGACCCUGAGCUUAAUGGUCUUAUGAAAAGCCCUUUUUAGAUGAUAGUUUGGUACACCAGCCCAGCUGUGUUGUCUGCUGAAUGGCCCUGGCAGCUCCACUAGGCUAGCUAGGUAAUUUUUCUUUAGUUUUGGAUCAAGUGAUAAUUUCUUUAUAGCAUGCAUCACAAAUACCAUUUCCUGUGAAUGUGUUUGAGUGUCCUUGAAUAAUAAAGGGGGAAGUGACAAAAAAAGCCAAAGAACUCAAGAAUUAGAUAGCUAUGAAAGCAUUAUACGGUCCUCGAGACAAGUUUAUUCUGGAUAGCAAAGCCUCAGCCUAGAGGAUAGUACCAGCAUCGCUUAGCUUCAGCGAAUAAAGUCCUUCUGAGCAGUCCAUCCUCAAAGCUCUGUAACUGCCACCAUAGAAACGGAAUCGUUUUUAUCACAGCAACUGAUAUUGGUAGAAGCUAAUAUGUUUUGCUAUAAUUUAAAAUUUCUGUUUUGUUAGUCACUAGAUUUUAUGUUGGGCACAAGCUUAGGAAAGAUCACAUUUUUCCAAUGAAUUAUACAGUGUAAUGUAGCAGGGCUAACCAAUUACUUUAUGUUAUUUAUUUAUUAGCUUCCUUUUGUGUUUUAAAUGCUGGAAAUAUUUCAUCUGAAGGCUAUGGUAGUGCUGGUAUGGUGUAAAUCCUGAAAGUGAUGUCCUGGUUCAAAUUAUGCCAUGGUAAAAAAAAGCUCACUAGGUGCCCAUUGACAAGCCACUAUUUCUCAGCCUCACCUCGUGUAGACAUUGGAGGUGGUAAUCAACCAUCCAGGAUUUUUGCAAGAAUUAGACUGCAAUCCUAUAGACAUACUUGAAAUAAGCCCUGAGAAACUCAAAUUUACAGCUGAAUAUACAUGUAUGGGAUUUCAUUGUUACUGUGAAGAAAUAUAAACCUUAUGCCUGUGGUAUAAAUUCAUGCUGACUCAUUUGGAGAACAGUAUGUUUAAAAGCCUUUAUGCAUUUUAAUUAAAUCUUUCCAGUCAAAACUAAGGUUUUAAAUGUGAAUCAAAUGGUUCUCCCAGGUCAUUGUGAAGCUGAACAAUGGCAUCAAAGACUUCUCAACCUCAGUUACACCAAAACAGAAUCUCUGUGAUGGCCGAUGGCACAGAAUUGCAGGUGAGUGAACACCUAAAGUCCUGUUCAGUGUUGAUUCCUGAUCUUCCCUCUCAUCAGUACUCUAAAUCAGGGGUGGUUGAUGGGGUGCUCCCUCCAGAUGUUGUUGGGGCACAACUCCCAGCAUCCCUGAACAUUAUCAAUACUUGCUAGGGCUGUGAAUCAUGUCAUGUAUGUAAAUGACUUAGAAUUAGAAGGCCAUGCAUGUGUGGAAAUCAGGUAGUGCUUGGUCUGAAAAAGGGUGACAAUGUAUCCAAAAUUCUGUGGUUAAGAGUUUGGCUGCUACUGAAAAUGGAAAACAUCCAAUUAAUCUCCUAUCAUCUUUUGCAGUAUCUGUCACAUUAUCUAUUUCCCUGCUUCUAGGCUACUUGCAUAACAGGGUGUGGGGAACAAUGCCAUGUUAUAUUAGGAUGUAUAUAAUUUGUCCUAAGCAUGGGAGGGAGGUUAAAUGUCAUUUCCAUUUUCAGCAUUUCAGCUUGUCAGACAGCAACACCCCCCCCUUUCCUCCUCAAAUGUGCUGUUCUUGAGGUUCUCACAAGUCCCCUCCCAGCUAAUUUUAGAGGCAGAAGGGGGAAAGCCCCAUGGUGCAAUCUGAAGCCCUUGCACAGCGUCCACUUACGGGAUUUGUUAGGUGAAUCCUGCCCAUGGCUUUGGAGCAUAGCUGUUAACCUUCCCUUUUUUUUGCGGGAAAUUCCCUUAUUCCAGCGCUGUUUCCCCAUUGCUAUCCCGGAUUGUUAGAUAUCCCAUAGACUGUCCCCGGAACAGGUGAGGCUGCUGAUCCCUUAUUUUUGAGGCUGCUGAUCCCUUAUUUUCAAAUCUGAAAGUUGACAGCUAUGCUUUGGAGUUAUAAGAUCCACGUUGGGACCUACUGAGCUAUUCAGAUAUGAGAGCAUAUCCAGGCCAUGGGAAAAUAGUCUAGUUCUUUGGGAUUUUCAUAUGUUUAUGAGUACUGUAUGCUUGCAUGCUUGUAUGCAAGAAAAAUCAGAAAGAAGAGUGGUUGACAAUAUAACAGAAUAUUAUUCUUUUUUGCUUCAUAUGACAGUUAUUAGAGAUGCUAAUGUGGUACAGCUGGAUGUAGAUUCAGAAGUGAAUCAUGUAGUAGGACCAUUAAAUCCAAGAGCAACUGACCACAGGGAGCCUGUGUUUGUUGGAGGAGUGCCAGGUAAGAUUUAUACUCAUUUUAAUAUUGUUUUCAAAGAUUAAUCUAGUGUGUGUGUGUUUAAAAAAGUAUUAUUUAAAGUAAUGGUCAUAUACCUUGUGCUGUUCAUUAGCAAAGAUCUAUAAUUUGGGGGAGGGGGUUUUAGAUUUUAAAUGAUUGUACUCCUCCCUCCUUAUGCUGGUCUACAACUGUAAUAAAGAUUUGUUGUUAGAGGUGGGAUGGAGUAGCUUUCUAUACAUCUUUGUGCUAUAUUUUAGAAGGAGUACCAUAAUUUCAAUACAAGUGAUUGACAAUAUAACAGAAUACAAAUAUAAGACUAAAAUAAUUUAGUCUAUUAAAACCUUUAUUUGACAUCUAUUUAUAAAUUACACACACACAUAUAUAUAUAAACACACACACAAAUACAAACAUAUAUAUAUAUAUAUAUAUAUAUAUAUAUACACACACAUAUACAUACAUAUAUACAUAUCAAAGUAAAUAGCAGUAACAAGGGCAAUACCAUUCAAACAAACCACAUUCCAAGUUUUACACAGCUGUCUCUUUUAGUUAAACCAGUCCUAGCAUGAUCUUAUAUUGAUAAUGGAGUUCUUGAAUGACUUAUGUAUAUAUAUUUUUACCUCUCUACAGAGUCUCUCCUGACAUUCAGCCUUACCACCCACAGUUCCUUUACUGGAUGCAUCCGUAACUUUAUGAUUGAUGAAAGACCAGUAAGUUUCAGUAAGGCAGCUUUGGUCAGUGGUGCUGUGAGCGUCAACCUAUGUCCUGCCACUUGAUGCACUGCUAACUGCAGGGGCCUGUACAGCCCCAAAGGAGAAAAACAACUGUGCUACCUUCAAUUCUUAGUACCAAGGAAAUAAAAAUAUAUCACUCACUAUAUGUACAUGAUAAAGCAUUAUUCUUUUUUCAUUUGGAAUUUGCUUCCAAAAAAAUUAUAAGUAUGUUGCAAUGUGCCAAAUUACUGAGGGACAUAAGGGCAGCUGGGGAAUGAGUAUUAUGAGUCUAAUUCUAAGCAGAUACAGUGGUACCUUGGGUUAAGUACUUAAUUCGUUCUGGAGAUCCGUACUUAACCUGAAACUGUUCUUAACCUGAAGCACCACUUUAGCUAAUGGGGCCUCCUGCUGCUGCCGCGCCACCGGAGCACGAUUUCUGUUCUCAUCCUGAAGCAAAGUUCUUAACCCGAGGUAAUAUUUUUGGGUUAGCGGAGUCUGUAACCUGAAGCAUAUGUAACCUGAAGCGUAUGUAACCCGAGGUACCACUGUAUAGGUUCACCAAGCCCACUGAAAUAACGGAUUUAGGCAUGCCCAAUUCUGCACAAAAUUAUAGCUGUUGUGUGAAUCAGCAAGGAGCCCAAGCAGAAACCCACCCAUCUGUAUCAAGAGGCUCCAAACAGAGAACUUCAUUUCUUCUAUUGUGACACUGCAAAUGCCUUGCUCAUCAUUGCUCAGAAACUGCACUUCAAAUAUGGAUUUCUGCUUCCCCCACACUUAAAAUCAUUUUGUCAAUUCUGCCCCAACUGAGUCUGGGUAGCAAGCCUUUCUAGGUGUAUUAAGAGCACUGAAAUGUUCAUUGGCUAUGAACAAGUAAAUUAAAAUCUUUUAAAAGGUUUAGCAGAACCAAAGGUUUAAUUUCAGUUCAUAUGCUGCAGAUUUGCUAAAACCUUUGGUCACUACAGUCAACUCGCAAUUUAUGCACAUUAACUUGUGUGAAUUCAGCUUUAUGUGCUUGGCCAGGAAUUUUUUUUUAAGAGUGCAAGCUCCCAGCAGAAAAAGCACUGGCAAUCCCACUAUUCAUUGCACUUGCUUUGGGAGAGAGUUUGGAGAUGUAAGGCACAUGAAUUUUGACUAUACAAGAUUUUGGCUUUAUACACUAUCCCUGGAACAUAACUCCUGAGGCAACUGUAUUCACUAUGGAUCUACAACAAAUGCAUGGAGAAUCCUCAUCCCGUCCUAUCUCUCUGCCCAGUGCAGUACUCAUGAAGCCUCAAUAACUUGCAAGGCACACUACAAGAGGAGUGUUGCCACAUGUGCAUGUAAUUAGAUGCACCCAUUGGUGGGAAAGGGGGGAAACAGAUCUCUUUUGAACUGUAUUGGGAUCCUUCAUGCACAGGUGCUCUGCCUGUGCUGUGAGUGGAUCUGUGCUUGUAGUUUGUACUGAAUAAAUCUGUUACAUGUACAUUACAAAAUAAACUAUGUCAUGGACAUGCUUCACAAGUAAUUGUCUUUUGAAUCGUUUUGUUUCGUCUCUUUAUUCUUCAUUCAAUUAGACUGGGGAAAACAAUUAUCACAGGAAAACUGAUAUUUUAUUCAAUUUUCAUUUGAAUGCAUUGAACUUACUAUAAUUCAUUUCCAUAACUGACAAAUGUAAUUAAUUCCUUAUUUUUUUUUUGCUCAUAUUAGUUUUAUAGAUAAAUUUCAGCUACAUGAUUUUACUCUUAGCACUCUUAUUAAGAAAUCAGAUUUUCAGUUAAGGACAAAAUGACAUACUAAGUUGGAGGCAGAGUUAUGCAUUUAUUCCUGAAACUAGAAAAAAAACCUGAACAAUCAUUUUCCACUUGAAAAAUUCUAAUUUUCCAGCCUAUACCUUAAAACAAGCUGUACUCAGCACACUGAAUGAGUGUUCAUUUAAAAACUAUUUCAAAUGUUUUAAAUUCCAAAUGUAAUUCUUGUUUCAAAUAAAAGAACUGCAUGCCUCAAAUGCUUGUGCCUUUAUUUCUCUAUAAUGAAAGCCAAAACAAUGGCAGUUGAUUGACCUUAGCAGAAUAAUCUCUAUGGAAAUGUAAACAGGAGGAAAAUGAGAAAGAAUAAAGAAAUAAAGCUUUAAAUUAUGUAUCUGCUAUAUAUACCGUAUUU